GAGAGAGGUCCCUCCAUCCUUCCUGGUGGGAGGUUUGAGAUGCGCUGCGCAGACCCGUCCGUUACCGACGCAUCUUCCUGGCCUGCCCCCCUUCUCUCUCUCUCUCCCUCUCUCUCUCUCCCCCUCCUCUCAGUCUCUCUUUCCUCCUUUUCUGUCUGCCACACUAGCCUACCUACAACCUGCCGGGGAAGUGCAACAAUAAAAGCAGAGGAGAAGGGAAAAAUCUGGCGUGGUGUCGGCUGGGCCCUGCGCUCGCUAUGCUGCGGUAAACCCCCGGGCCGCUGUUUGCGGUGUUUCCAGGGGAUGUAGAGAGGGGACGGAGGCACCGCGCCGCGCCGUGUCUGCUCUGCUCUGCCCAGCCCGCUUCAUCGCUGAGCGGCCUCUGUGAAGCACACAAGAUGUCGACCAGAACGCCAUUGCCCACGGUGAACGAGCGUGACACCGAGAAUGUAAGUGCUGUUGUCCUCUCAGACACGCCGGUGUGUUAGCGGGCGUGGGAACUGGAUGAAUGCGAGCAGGGAUUUGGCUGUUUUUUUGGCGCACUGCUCGGCGCAUGUUUAGCAGAGCUUUUUGUGUGUGUGUCUGUGUGUGGUUAGUGUUGUAGAGCCUCUCCAAUCAAUGAGCACUCAGCCUGUUUUCCAUUCUGACGAGAAAAAGCGCAGAAAAACCCAGAAUGGAGGUGCAGCUCGGUUGUGUUUGCCCAUGUUGUUGUGUACCACUCGGCUAGCCGUAACAACGCACUGCGUCAGUGUGCCGCCUUUAAUGAUACAUGCGAAGCUUGAAUGUUAAUGUGGAGAAUUAAAAUGUUGCUUUAAAGGCCUGUGGAGGAAAUCAUGGUGCUCCACUCAUUCAACUGGAGGUAUUUUCUGCUUCACAACGUCAAUAUUUAGGGAGGGUGGGGGAGGAUGUUGCCCUACUUUUCAAUGGCAACGCUUGGUAGCAUCGCAAUGUGACAUCCAUCACCUAUUGGGCCCUGUUGUAACUGCACGCUCAGUGCUGAGGAGGAGGAGGUGGAGGAGGAAGAAGAGGAGGUGGAGGAGGGAGAGUGUUAUUAUUCACCAUUCUGCUGCCACGACAUUGAAGAGCAGAAAACUACGGUGGCCGAGAACCGCCACUGCUACAAUGAAAAAAAGAAUGUUAAAUAAAAAAGAAGUCACAACUUAAAAAAAAAAAAGAAACUCAAGCCCGCUUGAUUACGAAAAGAAACGGUGCAGAUAAAAGAGCCACAAUGAAAGUUAAGGACGCAAAAAAAAAAGUUACUUACCAUGAAAGUAAAAGGACGCAAAUAAGAGAAGUUGAACUGAAGCUAACACUACGCCGGUAUCCUCCAGAUCAACUUCGUAUCGAACAAACAAUAACCUCCAAUAACCUUUCCACUAACUUCUUUGCUCCUCCUUCGCUGUCAUCUUCUGUACCUAGAUUGUAAAACACCGGUGCAUCAUCAUUAUUGGUCCCCGGCAGCUAAAAAAAGCCACAACGGAAGUUAGCUGCCGGGGACCAAUAAUGAUGUUGUUUUACGAUCUAUGCACAGAAGAUGAUGGCGAGAAGACGAGCAAAGAAGUAAGUGGAAAGGUUACUGUUUAAUUUUGCUUUGUGUGCUUUCAAAUGUGUCAUUUAGUUAGACAAUGUAGUGCCUGAGUCGAUAUGAAGUUGAUCUGGAGGAUGCCGGUGUAGUGUUAGCUUCAGUUCAAGUACAUACCGACUCUUGCGCUACAUGGCCUAACCAAAUGACACAUUGAAAAGUUUAUGAAGCGAAAUUAAGCUAGAAAAAGCCACAAUGGAAAUGAGCUGCUGGGGACCAAUAAUGAUGAUGCACCGGUGACUUUUCAAUGUGUCAUUUGGUUAGGCCAUGUAGUGCCUGAGUGGAUAUGAAGCUAACACUACACAGGCAUCCUCCAGUUUAACUUCAUAUCGACUCAGGCGCUACAUGGCUUAACCAAAUGACACAUUUACGAAGCGAAAUUAACCAUAACCUUUCCACUUCUUUGCUUGUCUUUUUCGCCGUCGUCUUCUGUGGCUUGAUCGUAAAACACGUAACUUUUUUUUUUCCUUUUUAUUUUUAUUUUGCGUUGAUUACUUCUGCAUCCUUUUAUUUUUGCAGUAAGUAACUUUUUUUUUUUUUUGCAUUUUUUUGCAUUACCACUUUGCGUUGUUAAGUUUCGUUGUGGGUUUUUUUUUUUUUUCGUUUUUUUUAUCUGCACCGUGUCUUUUUUUUUUUUUAAUUUGCAGUGGGCUUCAGUUUCUUUUUUUUUUUUUUUCAUCAGUUACUUCUGUUGUGGUUUCCUUUUUUUGCAUUCUUUUUAAAUCUGCAAAAGUGGCGUUUCUCGGCCACCGUAGCGAACAGAUUAUGUGUUUAUUCACAGGCUGAUGAAAUAGCCAGAUUUCUCAUUCACUGUGUGUGCAGGAAUGUUUAUGAACGACCACCCCCUCCCUCCCUUCAGUGCUGCUCGCGCUCUGCCGGUCACGCGCACACAAAGAGCAGCAUAAUAAUAAAAGGAGUAUCUGUGUUGAGAUCAGCCCAGACCAGGACUGCUGUGUGUAUGCUUACAGGCUUUGACAUAUCUAGGUUUGUCCGAUUUUUUUUUUUUUUCCUGGAAACAAGAUGAGGCACCGGCUACAGCCUCCCAAUUAGAUUGUGUUACAAGAACAAGCAGAAACAAUAGCCAGAAGGAGACUCUAAAAGGUUAUUCAUAGAUUUAAAAAUAGGGCUUUUAUUCCAGCAUAAGGACAUGUGGGAUCAGCGUCAUCUUCAGGUUAUAGAAAUAGAUUACAAAAUGAUCCUCUGAAGUUAUAUAAGGAGUCUUAAUGUAACUUUACAUCAUGUCUGAUCAUUAUUUGCUGCUGCUCAGUGAUGCAUCAGCUCAGGAGGGGGCUCUAACUUGACUGUCUUUACAGUCUGAUGCGUCUUUAGCUCCCUUAGACAUAGGUAUAGACUGCAGGAUGGCUAUUAAAACUCAGCUCAGCAGCACUGGCAGUAGCUGGCCAGCCUAGCCUGCCUCUGUUUGACUCCAUCAGGCAGCCCCAGGGCCCACUAGCAGCUGAACUGCAUUGCAUAACAGCUUAUUACUCAGAGAGACGAGUGGCUUUUAGUGCAGCAAAAUAGGAGAAGCUCUCCCAUCGCUUUCUUGUUUUUAUGUGUGUCUGUUCAGGUGUGUUAUAUUUUAUCGGUCUGGCAUCUCUGAAGAUAUAUGGUCAGUGGUUGAGAGUUAAUGGAUAGGAGGAUGAAAAAACUUUGUGUAUGCACCGCCCACCUCAGUUUGUUUACCGAAUCAGGGGCCAUGCCGAGCGUGAAGGGCAAACUGGUCACCUGACAGUUUUAAUCAAAUUUGAUUAAAGGAAUACAGUCAGUUUUGAAUAUUCACUGACCUCAACAACACGGGCACAGCUGUCUUUGUCAUGGAUUCUUAGAAAUAAGGAUGCUACUCACUCACACACACACACACACAAACACUGUUACACCAGGAAGUGUUUGAAACCUGCAGUGUGGCUCUCUCUAUCAGGAUGUGGGAUAUCUGAGGUGAUGUGCACCCUGCAGGGUGUAGCAUUUCCCCCCCGUGAAAUGAGAGCAGGGGAGCCUGGGUAACCAGACCAACGCUUUAUUCUCUUGCUGGGGUGUGGUGCUCUGGAGCAAAGGAUCAUGGGAUUUCUGACCUGGACUGACAUAAGCAGCUGCUCUAGGGGAGUGGAGAUAGACCAGCAGGGACUGUGGGCAGUCUGUGCCAACGUUGUACUUAUACCAGGCUGUUACGUAUUCACCUUCACAUCUCGUAUCAGGGACACUUUCUGUUUUCUAGUUCAGCCACGGAGCAGCUAACAUUUUUACAAGUUUAGACUCUGCUCUGAUUAGUAUUUCUGGUCUCCACAAAGGCACAAUGUCAAAGGAGUUCUCUUUCUUUUGUUAUCAAACCUCGUCUGGUGACUGAUAAGGUCUUUGGGUUAAGAGGUUAAGGUGUCACAGAGGAAAGAGGAAAGGAAACCUGACUCUCUCCUCAUCUUUGUCCCCUUCAUGCAGGGUAAUGCUCUGUGUGUUUGCACACACAGAAAAUGUAUUGAUAUAUGCCCAGACACACUUAUAGACUCAGCUUACUGGCUCCCCUUCUUGCACCUGAGUCAUUUCUCUUAAUGGCGUUUUUGUUUGCACAGAGGAUAUCCCAGCUUUGGCACACACACAAAUCUCCACUGCAGCACUUUGCUGCAUAGUUUGUACGUGUGCAGCCAGUGUAGAAAGAGGAAGGAAUCUAUUCACUGACUUUCUCCACAGAAAUACUGAGAGGUUAAGGGACAUAUAGUGUUAUGGUUGUUGCAAAUCAAAGUGUCUUAUCUCUAUGUGUAUGGCUCUCUUGCAGCACUCAUCGGUGGACGGCUUUGUUGAACCUCCAGUUCCCCCAACAAAGUCUGCAAGUCGCCACAGCCUGCCACGAUGCCGCAACUCUUUCACCUCCACGGAGGAGCACCCUCAUAUUGGCAAUUAUCGCCUCCUCAAGACUAUUGGGAAGGGGAAUUUUGCCAAGGUGAAGCUGGCAAGACAUGUCCUGACUGGACGAGAGGUGAGACCAAUUUUCAGACACUAUAUUUGACUAAUUUUGUGGUCAUCAGUGAUGUUCCAAAGCAUCCCAUUCCUGGUCCUUCGAGUAGAAAUUUAAAUUCAGACCGACUGAGUUGUGUUAGGAUAGAAAGAGACACUCGGAAAAUAUUCAAAGUUGAGCAGAAUUUAUUUGACACAGCUGAACACAGCACUGCAAAGUCAGCGGUAAACAGUACCGAAUUAGUUAGCAGAAUAUGGCUGAUGUUAGCAGCACUACUAGCUUUUGGUCCAUCCUGCAGGUUACUGGCAAUUUCCACCGCAUCGGGAACAGCUAUGAAAGGGCCGUAUCCGCCGAUCAUAGCUAAUCAUAACCAUUCAAGUCAAUGUGUCAAUUUGGCUUCUUUCCGUUCCGCUGCAAAUCGCCGGACUCCGCAGCUGAUCGCAAGGGUUCUGUUUUUUCUGGACGCCGGAGCAUGCCGGAUAAAUUCAGCACAGAUUAACUUGUGCUGGAAAGAAAGUUGGGCACAGACACAAAAUAAAACAUCCAGCUUCUUUUCAACAUAAAACACUCCGUGUUUCAGGCGGAUCGUAUUUCGCACCGUACAAACGGGCAGAGACAAAUAAGUGAAAGGUUUUAGACAGCAUUUCAUCCUGAUGACACCAUGGAUGAGAGGAUGCUGAUUUUAGAAGUCUAGAUGUAGAUUUCCUCCUCUGGAAGGACACAAUCUACUGCUGAUAUGGUUAGCCCAUGUGGCUAAAGACAACUUGAUAUUGCGCGAUUGCAUGUGAAUCUGUGGGUUCUUGAGAGCUCUCGCGAUUCCUGCUUACCGUAACCCGCCACGAAAUUCGCCUCACAAACAGAUCCAGUAGGAAUUGGCGUACAGCAAAAAUCGCUGCCAUUCCGUAUUGGAGUCGUUCCGGAUCAGAGCUGUUCCGGAUGCGGUGGAAGGUGUACAUUUGUGCGGGUUAUGCAUUGCUCCAGUUAAAUGGUUGUAUAUUUAACCAGCCAAAGCCUACAUACAACAAUUUUUCCAUUUUUGAGAUAGUAUUACUUGCAGCUUUCGGAUUAGCACGAAAUGACAAAGUACUGCAUCUGUCUCUUGAGUAAUGUUUGUUUUAAAGCAAAAGAAACUAGAUUCCCCAUUUUAGUAACAAGCUCAGAAAUUUGACAAAGAGGACUCGUAUCAUCAACUCUCUCAAAGAAAAUCUUGAGUAAACGGAUAUUUCGUGUUUUUGGCCCUGUGUGAAUUAUGUCCGCCCACCAUGCAAAAACUCUGCUCGACAAUGUUAGUCCUCCUGUCAAGUCAGGUCAAACUCUCUCUGCUCAUCUCUCACACGUUUUCACACACUCUCAGUCAUACUCUGCUGACUUGUCAGGGUGAUAGACAAACUGCUUUGGUGUGUCAGUAAUUAAAGCUCCUGUUUCCCUAAGGAGAAAACAACAGCCUCUGAUCUGUUCUCUGUCCUUCACUCAGCCAUGUUGCACACGCUGAUCCACCUCACACACCCUCUCAUGUCGAUAAUAACCGCCUGCGUCCUUUUAUCCUCGGAGUUUCAUCAUCUUCUUGGUCAUGACAGAGCAUCCAGGGCUUGACUAUUCCUCCAGGUCAAACCGGUUGCAGUUUGAUCCAUUCUGCAUCCUUUUAUGCUAAUGCUAAACAGGCACAUUGGCUAUGCGACCCACUGUUUGCUGAGAAGGUCAGGCUCAGCUUUGUGUGCCUGAGUGCCUUUGCUGGCUCAUCAGAAUGCAAAGUCAUGGAUCAGACUGGGGAGAGAACAGGUGGAAAGAACAUAACCCACUAAAACCCAACGUUAUCUCAGCUUUAGUCCAAUCAGACACUCGCACAAGCAAAGAUUUUUCUCAAAUGGAAAAAGGUUGAAUUUCAAAAUUGGAAAAAGAAAACAUUAGAAAGAGUCGUGCCAUCUCGUGCACAGUGUCCUCCAACAGCUGAGGAGGGUGACUUCAGUCUGAGGACAAACACGCUUUAGCUGCAGUUAUGGAAAUGUUUGCCUCCUCCUUAUGUUGUCACCUUCACACAUGGAAAAGGCAAUCAUACAUUUUUAAACAGUUUAUGUAAUAUGGUGAAGUUCCCAUAUCAUACUGUUGUUGUUGGGCAGCCUCAAUUUAGCAGAAUUUUGUUAUUUUUGGUCAAUUCAAAUACACAUUUUUAGUUUUAAACCGAUCCAAAAAGAGUGACACCAAGUUGAAUCAAUUGCCAACCAGUUUGAUAUCAUUGUCUCAAUUAUGGACAUUUGUCAUGUCAUACAAAGCAGGUCAAGAAAGUACAGAAAAUACGGUAUGUGAGGCAUCUCUAAGAAUCCACCAACAUUUUAAUUUGGAUUAUCUGUGAAUAUCAGCUGUUGAGUAUUUUGUCAUUACAACAUUAAAAGAGUAAAAAAAAUCCCCUUAAAAUAUUUUGGAACUCAAGUUAAUGUCAUAAAAUGGUUAGUUUGGUUCAGUUAUUUCCCAUAAAAGUUGAGAUUUUCCAGCUGAGAUUCUGGAAAGAAGAUAUAAUAAUUUUAUUGAUCCGAUUUAGCCAAAGAUGAUUGAUAUGAAUGGUUUUUGCUCUUAUUUAAAGGUAUUUUGCGGUCGUUGUCUUUGCACUUAACGAGUAUAGAGUACAGGAAGUAAGUAAGUAAUGUCUACAAAUGAGCCAACAUUUUAUUUUGGAUUAUCUUUGAAUUUGACUGUUUUUUCAGCUGUUAAGUAUUUUGUGUGUACAACAUUAAAAUAGUGAAAAAAAUCCCCUUAAACUAUUUUGGAACUGAAGUUAGUGUCAUAAAAUGGUAGGUUUUGUUCAGUUAAUUCCCAUAAAAGUUGAGAUUUUCCAACUGAGAUUCUGGGAUGAAGAUAUAAAAGUCUUAUUGUUUCGAUUUAGUCAAAGAUGAUCAAUUGAAUGGUUUUUGCUCUUAUUCAAAGGUAUUUUGCAGACGUUGUCUUUACACUUCCCGAGUAUAGAGUACAGAGAGCAAAUGCAGCACAAAUGAGAGGACUAAAUAUAGACACAUCACUUAUCAAAGAGCGUAAAGCUAAAAAAAGAUAAGUGACACAAAGUCAUAGCUCCUACGUGGAAAAAAGUUAUGAAACUGAUAGAUUUGAAAAUAUGAAGGCUAGUCAUGUAACUUUAUUUAAAAUUUACAUAAGCAGGGAAAAAACAUGUCAAACCUGAACAUUAGAGCACACCCUGUUCGUUCCGCUUCGUUGUUUCCCUCUUUUUAUUGGGUUUUUACUGUACAGAUUAGUAUGGACUCAUAGUGAGAAGGUUCCUCGUUUGUAUCUUCAGACAGGCGGGGGCCUUUCCAUGUGAAGUUUGCAUGUUCUCCCUGUGCAUACAUCACUUCUCUCUAAGUACUUCCACAGUCCAAAAACAUGCUUGUCAGGUUAAUUGGUCACUCAUUUAGGCGCGAGUGUGAGUGUGAAUGGAUGUCUGUACAUGUUAGCUCUGUGAUUGACUGGCAGCCUGUCAAAGGUGUACCCCGCCUCUCGACCAAUAUCAGCUGGGAUAGGCUCCAGCUGUCCCACCACCCCGGAAUGAGAUAAGCACUAAAGAUAAUAGAUGAGUAAGUGUAUUACAAUGGCUCCUAUUAACCUGAGGUUAACGCUACCUUGACGGCAUCAGAAGGGUGUGAAACAUGGACAUUGAUGCAGUGUGUGUGUACCCAACGUUUGCACAAUCAGAAACCUUUGCUUGUCUUUAUUUAUCGCCAAAUGUGCUUAUCGCAAAUGCAUAUUGUAUGAAUGAUGCAUUCGCAGCCCUGUUAGUACCAGUUUAAUGCACAGGAUUUGAACUACUCUGCAGCAGUGACUCCUCUCAGCGCACCGAGAUCAUGAACCCGUGGUUUUUUUAAAAGGCUCAGAGAGAAAUGCACGAGUAGAGGAACACGUAAUAACUCUCAAGUUCUGCUAUGACUGUUUCCUCCUUCAUGUCCUCUCAUCUGAAUAUUCACACGUACGCAGGAUCACAAGACCUGCAUACGGUGAAGAGCAUAUGGGCCGUGCGUUUCGACUGCGCUGAAUAAUUAACAGUGAUGCACGUUGCCCUUCUGUCACUGUUGGACUGAAUUAUUCACCUUCAUGUCCAUUUGCGAAGAGAAUGCAAACACUGGCAUGUGAUGUGAUGUGAUGUGAUGCAAUUCAUCACAUCUCUCAAUCCGAGGCUCAAAAGACAAAUAUUGGUACAGUGGGCUGUGGGGAAAUGUAAUGAAUAUCUCUGACUCACGCGGAGGGAAUUGUGGAAGAAGGAACAAUGGAGCGAUUCGUGAGGACAGCUCAAACACCUGCAGGCAUAAAUCGACACACACAUGCCUCCACCCAAGUGUUGUCCAUGACAAGAGGAAGCAGAGGAAGGGAGUGAGGUCUGUCUGUGCACCUGCCCACCUAACGCAGGCUGCAAAUAGACACCACCUGCGUACUGCAUGUGUACAAACAUGGAGCCUCUCUGCAGUCUCUCACUCUGCUCUUUCUUCUCCCUGCUAGACUCAUUUCUUUGUUGCAGCCAUAUUUCGGUGGUUUGGGUGAAUUUCAAUGCCCACACGACACUGUUCAGGAUAUAUAACCUGCACUCUCUCCAUUGUGACUCAGCAUUUACUUCAUGGUUUCCCCCAAGCCAAAUGCUUUGGAUUGGAGCCAGAGUCAGCAUCCACUGAAGCAAGUUUAUUAAACUCUCGUGAGGCCAGAGCCGCAGUAAUGCUGCUGUCAUAAAUGGCAAUAUAUUCUUUAAUAGUAUCAUUUUUCCAAAAAAGCCGUCCCUCCCCUUUCUUCCUUUGACAGAAAUGACAGAGGAUUUAUAACUUAUCAGAGUUGAAUACCCAGGAUGACAAAAGACCAGAUUUUUACCCACAUAUAGGACAAGUGUGAUCUUUGUAGUUUUGCAAUGUUAGGAUUUGGUCGGCUCUUGUUAUACAGAAGCUAAAUAGGCCGUAUUUACCUUUAGAUAUGGUGACCUCUCCUUCCAGAUUUCAAAUAUGUGUAGCCUGUCAAAGCUGGUUAUGCAUAGAGAGGCUGUAAACUGAUCAUGGACUGUCUGAUUCCUCAAAUUUAUACGGUUUGUAACCUAUAUGACAAGAUUCGAGCAUCGGGGCUUCCCACUUCGAGAGGAUAAUGGGUAAUAAUGAGACUCUGAGAUGAUGUUCUGUAAUCCUCCAACAUUUAAGGGAAAUUGGCCAAAUUUGAAUCUUAUCUCUAUUGAACUUUUUUUGGCGAGCAGCCGAUCCUGAUUCUGUCUUCAUCUCUGUGGCACAACAGCUUCAGAAAUCUUUUAUUUUUCUGGCCUGCAGCCACAUUAUUGAAGGAUGCUAGUCGACCCAAAGAACUCAAGAAUCAUAAAUGGGUUUCUAGAUCAUGCUUUUUACAACAAAACUACUAUCAAAACUGCAACAUUUGCAUCCUUUUAAGUAUGAAUGCAGAGGAUGUUGAGGCAAGGAUAUAUAUGUUAGAGUUUUAUCUGUGUAGGUUCAUAGCUGCCCUAUUAACAAGGAUGUUAACCAGCAGUUUUGUAAGAUUUGUAGGAUGAAAAAAAACAAGAUCCAAGAGCUUCUCUUAAAGCUUGUCCCUACUUAAAUUCAUCAUAUGAAGAAUGGCGUCAGGACACAGCGAGUUGACAUAAAUGUGAUGUGGCUGAAACAACAGCUCAAAAUAGUCUUGGUUUAUCCACCUGCAGGGGUAAAAUUAAGUUUUCAAUACUUGUUAAAGACUGCAGUAACUUUACUUGAUAUUAAUCACGUCUUCUGUCAAACACAUGUCCAGGAUGGAGGAUUAGGACAAGAAAAAACAUCUUAAUUUUAUGGAGACAGAGAAGUAAAUUUAUGAGAAAAAAACUUUUAUGACUAAAGUCGUAAUUUUACAAGAGUAAAGCAGUAAUUUCAUGAAAAAGAAGCGGGGUGGACAGGCUUUGGUUAAUCUUUAUGUCGGCUCAAACAGCGUACAGUAUAGGGUGACUUUGGCAGAGCAGCCAGCUGCCUGCACUAAUAUGAGGAAUGUGUAUCAUCUCGUGAAGUUACACUCAACAGCUGAGGACAGACUGUUGCAGAAGUAUGGACAGGCUGCUUAUUAACCUGCCCUUCUCCAUGAGGGACCCAGUUUCUUACACAAUCUGUUCAUAUAUACAAUGACGGUUUGUUGCUUUGAAGAAAAGUGGGCUAACACAUCCUAAAACAAUGACUUAAUUUUAUCUCUGUAAGGUGUCCCUGAUAUUUAAUAGUACAUGUCAAAUCACUGCAACAAAACAGUCAACUCAAGGGUGAAUAAAGGAGGAUUUUUCCUGACUUGAGGGAGGUUGCAGCCAUGUCAUUGAAGAACUUUGGAUUUAACUUUAACAUGAAGUGUUUUUUUUUCUGCUGUCUGAAUAUUCAGCUUCAUUUCUGGUGUGUUGACAAAGAAAUGCAGCACAGGGCAUUUCGGAGGAUGUAGGCACUGUCUGUGCUGCUCAGCUAGCAGAACAACUCAGCUUUCUUGCUCAAUAUAGCACGCAAUGAGGAAUUUGCUGCUUCAAUUCACUACAUUUACCAUCAACACUGGUUGGACAGUUACAUAAAAUGUGGUGAUAGCCCUUUAAAUAAGAAACAAUUAAAUCAAAUUUGAAAUGAUCUGCACAAAUGUUGAUGAUCUGCUUCUUUAAACAUCUAAAAAUGAUUAUUAUUGAACAAUAUGAGUGCAACGACAAAAUGCCACGUGCAUUAUUACAAUGUAAUUAGACUUUGUUGAAAAGUGCCCUGUCGUUCACUGAUCAGCAUAAAGAUCCUCCUCCUCUUAGUGGUGAGUCUGCAGAAUGGCUCAGCUUGUCUCACUGAAAAAGCUGCUGAGGGGAGCAGGUCUGGUCCAGUGUGCACUUUGGGGUGAUUAUUGAGAUGGAUGGUUUUGACUGCUGCAAAACCAAACCUGCCCAGACCAUAGUCGAGAGUCGAAUAUACACUACCAACACAGGCCUGGCUGCCAUGCAGGGAGCGGUUCCUGAAAGGCGUUUGAGAUUGCAUGAGGACGCACUUACAUGCAGAACGCUAUAUGUGUUUUUUUCAUUUUUACAUGUGCUAUUUAAUACCCAUCAGCACAAACAAAAACAUAUUUUUAACUUCUUUUAUCACCCCCCCAGUAAGAGCUUUAUCUCUUCACAUAUUAUUGGAUAGAAGAGCCUUUAGGUGUGUGCAGAGCGAGCGCACAGAUCCAGCUGUGACAUGUUUUGACAACGCUGCCUCAGAGCAGAAUAGUGAAAUAAUGAGGAGAGCUCAUUUCCUCACAAGCUUUCACUGUGCGACCACAAUACAGAUACAAAGCUAGAAUUAGUUCUGACAUCUUGGUUAUCUUUUAUCUUUACACCUCCCUCUCCCUCUCUCUCUUUCUUUCCCAUUUUAAUUUCUUUUUUUCCUCUGUUUGUGUUUUUCCUCUGUAGGUGGCGGUGAAGAUCAUAGACAAAACGCAGCUGAACCCCACCAGUCUACAGAAGGUGAGUGUUUGUGUGUUUUUACGGCCACAUGGUAACACUAAUGUCUCCACUUACAGUGCUCAUGUCUUUUCCAUUAGUCAUUCCUGAGUCCUCGCCGCUCUGUUUCUUCGCUCUUUGAACUCAGGAUGUGCAAUUUUACAUAAUGUAAUCAGAUGUAGUCAGAAGAGACCACAAGGCUUGUUUAAUCUCCAGCCCCCCCCUUCUCCUAACCCACCGUACGCCCGACUCUCUGUUGGUUUGUGGUUAGAGCGGCUAUAAAUACUCCUGCCUGCCUGCCCGUUUGUCACUUACCCUUGUGUUGCAGUCAUAACCAAUUAUAACAAAGGGUUAGGGACUGUUUCCUGAUUACCAACGCCAAAUCCAGCUCUUUCUGCUGAUUAAUCGCGCACACGCACGCAUCCAUGCUCAUAUCCUCACCGUAGAUAAAACCCUGCGGAUAGAAAACAGCCGCUGCCACAGUAUGAGCAACAUUUAUUUUCUGUUAUGUAGGAACAUAUCGCCGGUGUGUAGGUGACAGGAGUUUAUUCACGGUCAUGACACCAUCGCAGCAUCGCUCACCACCUUUACUCUCUUUGUUUUAAGAGCGUUCUGUGAAGGAUGAGCAAAUAUCGAAGCUCCUGCGGUGAUGACUCAUUACAAUAAUGUACCGUUUAAAGAAACCACCACACCUACAUUAACACUCGAUGUCUUGAUGGAUCUUUUGGCCUCCAUCUCUCCUAAAGCUGUCGGAGUGAGAACAUAUUACCACAUCAGGCAGUUUAAUGACAAAAUGAUAACAAUUAUCUCCUCAAAGUGCCUACCAUUACACACCAGUGGGAGUGAGAGGAGUUAAAAGCUAUCGGAAACCCCAACCCACAAUUAUCUUACAUAUGAAUUAGGAUGCUGUGUACAUAAUUAAAGUAUUAAAAGUGUGUUUGCAUACAAAUUUACGAAGAUGACAUUUGAGUUUCGAAGCCUUUUGACAGUGGGUUUAAAUCAGGCUCGAUUCAGCUUUAAUAUCUGUCACAACAAUUUCAAAUGAAUUCUGUGAAUUAAAAGUGAGAAUAGUUCAAUGGCACCUGUUUAAUUUUGUAGUCGAUCAAUCAUUGUUUAUAUUGCACCAAUUCACCGCAAAUGUCUCAAGACACUUUACAGAAAGAGCCGGUCUGGACCAAACUCUUCAUCGUAUUAGAUGUGAUAUCAGAUAGGAAAAGAUGAAGCCCUAUUAUGAUCAAUAAGACCCACUCUUCGCUAAGAUAGACGAAUUUAUCGGUUGGCUAAUUAAUGGCAUUUUGAUAUUGUCUGCAUCAUAUCAGCAUCAGUCAAUCGGUCAGAUUGGAAAUUUCUGAUCUCCCAUUCACAGCAUAUCACAUCUAAAACAGGCGCUGGUGUAUUUUUUUAUCUUAACUCGGUCAUGAUGUGUAGAGUCACAAUUUAGAUGUCUGAACAGAAAUUCAAAAGUUCCUUGUGGCAAUAAUUUACUGAGCUAAAUAUAAUUUUAACUACAUUUAUACGAUAAAAUGUUCACUGAAGUUUAGUUUUGUUUUUAUUUAUCGAAGUAAUAGCAAAAACCUUGUGAUACCAGCAUUAGAUAUAGACAAUAGGCCAACCCUCUAUAAUCGGUAUCCACAGUGGCCACUGGUAAAACUGUAAAUGGUCUUAUCCUAUUUUAAUCCACCAUGAGCGAAACACUUUGCAGUUUGCAGUACUUUGUUAGUACUUUGUUAUUAGCUCAGCUUGCUGGAUCAGGGCGCUGCUAGAUAGAGAUGCUGGAGCGGAGUCUGGAAUGGACUGCUGAUGGGAGUGUUGGUAUUAGAGAUUUUAGAUGCAGGCUGAUAUAAUCCGAUAUUCGUUUUUUUGGACUAAUAUCCGAUAUCAAUAUCCUAUCGGGACACCCCUAUUAUAAGGCAGUAGUGUAGUAGUUGUUGAGCUUUGCCAGAAGUCAAGUCUGUGAUGAUAUGACAUCUGAUAAUGCUGCAGAGCUUUCAUUUAACAUGACAUCCAAAACUUUGAUAACAAUUGAGGGCAUUUUAGCGAACUUUACAUGUAUGUGCCCCGCCCACUCACUUUUAAUAAAAGACCCAAAAGACGAUGUAUGCUGUGUUUUUUACCUUUAGCUUUGGUGAGAGCUGUGAAUUUUUUUGUGCGUGUAUCUGAAGAGGUCAAAGAGACGAUGAAUCAUUGUUUGUCCCUGCAGGAGAAGGUUGUAGAAAUCAAAGUGUCAUGAUGAAAAAAGGGAGAAAAAUGGAUGGAUUUGGUUCUUACAGCCUCUUCCCACUCAUAAUUUUGCAAAACAAAACCGUUUUUAACCUGUCGGGUCAUUCGCACAUGAUUAGGUUUCAAGCAUUGUUCUCCUCGUCUGUAAUUCGCUUGGAUCUUAAUGGGAUCUGACAGCGUUUCUUCAGCCAAUCAGAGCUGAGACGCUGCGUGAAUUUCAAGCCCACUACAAGUUCUAUACUCAUCUAAUCUGACUGAGAUAAACGCGAUUGUGCUCGCUCUUUUGUUCAACAGGCCAUUGUGAGGUUUCUGAUCCACACACACUCACUGGGGUGACGAACGUUUAGAGUCAUUCUGUGUGUUUGUGGCGUUAAGAUUCUGAAUAUCAACUGACUGACUGACUUACAGGGUCUUGUCGAGGUCAUUAGUGGUUACACAGGUUGUCCGCUGCCUGGUGAUGGCUAAGUCAGACAUAUCGUGUGAGAUUGUGGACCAAUCAGAAUCUCUGUGAUCAAUUAUUCAGUGGGUCUUUCAGGUGUCAGCUGCAGCAGCCCUGGGAGUGUGAAUACCUUUGAGUCUUACAGUUUUCUAAAGAGAAUAAGUUAGUGUAAAUGCAUGCUUGUACGUGAAAAUUGCUGUGUUAAAUUUAUCUGUAUUUGAGUGUAAAGAAAGGUUCAUUCCUGUUUACGUAGUUGUAUAUUUUGAUACCCUUUUUCCUGUUCUAUAGAUUGCUGUAAUGGUAGACAUAAGUGCCAUCUGCAAUGCAGAAGCUUGUCUUAUAAUGCAGCAGUCGUCCCCUGAAUUGAAUCGAUUGUUACAUUGACUCAGAGUGUCCUACCCUAUCCUUGUAAAAGCUCUGCUAUGGAUGCAUUAAAGGCAACAUCAACCUUUACACAGUUUUUCCUGGUUACUCAUGUGACCUCAAGUGAAAGAAAAACAUCACCGCUGUCAGCCGGUGGUUUUUAUUCCUAAUGUUUAGAGUUUGGAGUGAUUUAACCACCCGCUUUUGGCUGAUGGCAAUGAUUUUUAUGAUUUGAUGGUUUGAAUAAGAAAGUAAUCGGACCAGAGGGGAAGAAAUGAAGACUUUCUGAAGUAAUGUGGAUCAUUUUAACCCCCUAACUGUCAAACUAUACAAAUAUUUGUCUUUCUGUCUACAGUUUGAAACAGCUCUCUUGCCGGUAUCUGAAUGUUCAGUGUUUUUCUCUGCAGUUUUACACAAAGCGGUCAUCAUGUUUAGCAGUCUAGGGUUCACUUGACUUUGCUCCUCGAGGGCUGCUCUGCCCACUCUGUUCACAUCAUGACCUCUGUACCCAGAGGAACCAGCAGAAAGAUCUGACUGUGGAGAGUUUUAAAAUUCAGACACACUCCAUAACUGCUGAGUUUAUUUCCCUCUCAUAUCCAUUAAUUCGUUUUGGUCAAGUGGUUUUAUGUCCAGACGAGGGCUGUCACAAUAUCAGAUUUUCACCUCCUCACAAUUAUGGCGGCUGUAAAAUAUUGUGAUAAUAAUGUGAAAACUUGAUCACUUCAAACUAAAACAACAUGAGUCACACUGAGAAGAGGCAUGACAAGGGCGGAGCAGCACCUUAUUUGAUAAACUUCACCAAUAAACCUGAAUAACUUUUAUGUCAUCACCUAUUUUCAUGAUUUUCAAACUGUGAUUUAUCCAUUAACAUCAUUUAUGCUUUUAUUUUGAAGUAGAAGCUACUUCCUGCAGAUCGUAAGUUGCAGAUCGAAAUAAAAACAUAUAAAAUAAUAGUUAGCAAGUAUGAGUGUUCAAUUGAUCAGUAACCAGAGAUAGACACAAACUCUAAUGUUGUUUUUGGAUUCACAGUGUUAAAGUUUGCUCAUUUUUGGCUCAAUAUCAAUUUUUCAUUUUCCUCGAACGAAGAUCAUCAUCAUUACUGAUAAUUUGGGACAGCCCUAGUCUAAACAAAGUCAACAUAAGACUUUAUGUUCAUUCUCAGGAGAAAAAUACUACCAAACUGUGCUGCACCUGAUGCUUAUUUAGAUAUCUACAGUAUAUAUAUUUUUUAGAACUUCAUAAAACAUUUAAAAAAUGGUCUGAUUAAUCGGUAAUCAGAUUUUUUUCCCUCCUAAUAAUCAGUAUCGGCAUCGUCCCCAAAAAAUCCAUAUCAGUUGGGCCCUAAUAGAAACAUCCAAAACAACGUCACAACCUGGUAAACUGAGUGAAAUUCAUGAACAUUUCAGCAAGUGUUUUUCUGAUUUGUGAUGCAAUAAAAAACGAAGCGAUUUGUCAAUGAAAUGACAUUUUAUUGCAAUUGUGCCGGGGAGAACUUACAAACAAAACGGCGUCUUCAAUGAUAUCAGUUCACUCCGUAGCAGGCUUUUGCCCCCUGGUUGCGUGUGCAUCUAGUAUUGUUUGUACACAAGAAACUCAUCUAUAGAUUGCUAAAAAUGGCUGAUAUUACCGCUAGUCAAAAUAUUACUUUACAAUCCAAUAUUAAAACAAUGACUGUUUUGUUUUUUAAAGAUUCAUUCAGAAAAGAUGAUGGUAAAGCUGAUGCCGAUUAUAUCAACAUGCCGUUAAUCAUCCUCAUCAAUGGGCCAACUGACUAACUGGUCUAUUCCUAGUUGUAGCUUUAGCCAGAGCUAAAGUGGUUGAAGUGGGAGGUGGCUGCACCACACCUUAGACACAACAUUUGAUCUGCAUUUUGGGGAGACAGUAUUAAAAAAACCAAUCAGUCAUCCCACUCUGGAGCUGACUACAGUAGGUGGGGACGUUUAAUCGUUAUGACAACUGAACUCCCACAUUCCUGAUGCUAACAUGUAUAAAAACGUCUUUCUGAGUGCUGCAGAGGGCUUUUUCUAGGAUCAGAUAUAAACAACAGAUGGGUCUGAGGAUUGAUGAAUGACUCAAGGUUUUUUUUUUACGUGCUCCACUUCAGAGGUUCUCUGAAGGAUCUCUGCUGCUGUCUAAGCUGACCUUGCCACCUUCUCUUGCUCUGCCCUGGACUUGAUUAAAUAUUUUGUGCUGAGGGUAAAACUGGGAGAGGAUUGAGCCGAGCACACGAUUGAGCCGAGUGUGUGUUUUUUAUUAGUGAUCCUGGUUGUUUAUCAGUGUGGGUGAGUCAGGUUGAUCUGGCUGCAGCGCUGUAAACGUCCGCUCUUUCAUGUCAGCCUGUCAAAACGCCACUGAUCUCUCUUUUUAUGGUCUCGGAGGAGCCGGGUUGCGGGCGCACCAUCUGGCUCUGUAGGCACAGCCAGGGAUCUGGCAAAUUCUAUACAGACACACACAAGAAGCCUUUAUGACACACCGGCAGGAGAUCCUUUUAGUUUAUGCAAAAGCUUCCAGCUGGCAGACACUUGUUUUUUUAUUUCAGUCACAGUUUUGGCAACAUUUCACACAUACCUGUGAGCAUGCAUUCCUCUGCUUAUUAUUCCUAUUAACUCUCCAAUUUAUGUCGACACAGGCGCCUUCUUGCUUAUCUUGGUAUAAGAAUUAAAUCAGGAUUCAUGCUGCAGAGAUAAAGUCAAUCUUAUCAUCUAAGAUGUUAUCACCUUCUGUUCAAAUUUAUCAGACUUGUUUUUUCCCUGCUUAUUUGAUUUUUUAAAAAGAGGUUAGCGGAGGCCAAAAUUAGUCAUGAGGUUAGAAUGAAGCCCUGGUCUGUUCCUUUACGGCCCACUGGCGCUCUCUGUUGUGACUUUGCGGCGGUUUCAGUGUAACAGGAAAUGAGGUCAGCUGAGCUUCCAAAGCAACUCCUUAGAUCUGUCACAGGAAAUGCAUCACAUGUCAUCUGUGGUCAGGGAUGUUGACGUUGUCAUGGUUUUUAGGCAUUUUAGCCCCUAAAAUAGGCCUCUGGUUUAAUCCCCUCUUGCACUGAGCAAACACUGCUCUCAUCCCGUCGUCCCAUCACUCUCUGGCUUUUUUCUAAUCGGUAAAUAAGACUCAUAUUUAGUCAUUGUUUCGGCAACUUUUAAAUAUGAAAGGUUUUUAUGAUUGGUGCUUUAAAAAUGUGCAGCUGAAGUCAAAAUAAAAGCCUCUCCCAAACAUGAAAAACAUUUACUUAAAAAAAAAAAAAGAGAGCUUUUGAAGCGGAGAGACAUGUUCUGUAAAGACUUUAAACUUGCCUUUAAACCACAGUGCAAAUUUGCAGUGCUAUUAUCUUAAAUCUGUGUGUAAUUUAGGCAGUCAGAAACAGAACCUCGCUGUAUUUGUGUAUUUCCCGACAGUUACAAAAAGCCCACAACGGGGUCGUGCUCUCUUAAUGGCUGUUGUUUACAUCUGUCUUGUGCCUGCCACUCUGCAUGAGCCUCUGGGCUGGAGGAGCUGUGGUCUUGUUCAGAUGAGUGGAAUCUGAUUGGACAGGCAGCUACGUAGACUGAAAUGAAUCACAAAACAAAUCAAAUGUCAAGGCUGCUUAGAUACUGAAUUAAGUGUUCAUCUACAAAUGCUUUCAGUGUGUUUCAGGCUGUGAUUUGAGGUUAAAAGUUGACCCUGCUGCCUCGGUGUUUGUGUAUCAUGAAUGAAAGGUUGCAGGAGCAGAAAGAGUUGGAGACAGAGGGACGUGUCUCUCCUUGUUGGGGUUAUUUUCAGCGGCCCAGGAGUCGAGGACAGGACAGUUUGUCUAAAUGUCAGCGACACUUUUGAUCCCUCUGUCAGCCUUUUUGUUUGUCUUUCUGUCUCUCUUUGACAAACAGCGAGCAGUGGUUAUUUACUGAUUUGUGGUUUUGAAGUACUAUUUGUGCACAUGCAAACAUGCACACACUCACACACACUCGCUGGAAUGAUGAGAGCUUCCAGGCUACUCAGCCUAUCAAUAAUCUCCAUGUUGAAUGAGCAGCUGUGCUGCUGUGACUGAAAUAGUGCAGCCAGUUCCCGUAAGUGUUCCCAGUCUGAUAUCUGCUUCUCUGCUCCUUCUGCAUGGGGACUCUGCUGUAAUUAAGGCUAGUUUGGGAGUCUGGGUGCCCCUGGGUGGCUGGAAGUAGGUCACUGGCACAGACUACUAAGAUUCAGGCACAUUGGAAACGGUGUGUUUUCAUGUUUGUGAUGCACAUUUUGUUUGUGCAGAUAUUCUCACAAUUGUUCCUCACAGUAAAACCAGAAUUCAUCCUCUAAAUCAACCGUUUUCAUCCAGUUCAGAUUUGAAGGAGGACAUUUAGCCUUGGAGUGAGUGUCCACUGCUGCUCAUUGUGUCAGAACCUUCAUGUAGAUUUUAUUAAUAAAAGCAUAAGACAGGCUGUUAGAUUUCAAACUCAUUAUCCGUCUGCCUCCAUCGUGGCUGCAUCCCCAUUGAGCUCUUAUUGACAAGAGCUCAAUGUCUGCUGCCGUCCUUUUCCACAGCCCUCCUCAGAUUUGUUCUAAUUUUUGUUUCCAAGUGGCUGCAUGCGUGCUUUCCAUGUGAGGGGCUCUGGGGCAAUGACGUAAACAGGAGUGAGAGAGAGAGAGAGACACAGACAGAGAGUGGCAGCAGUAAAAGGCACUGACUCUUUAGCCCCUCACUCAUUCAGAAUAAUAAAGAGGGUCUGUCUCGACAGAUGCGUCACAUAUUAAAGCGACGGCCCGAGCGCAUGCAUAUCUGAACAUGAAUCUUGUGUGUUUAUUCUAGUGUACCGCAGGACAUCUUUUGGUUAUUGUGUCAGUGUGUUUCCACUCUAAUUGACUUUGUUUCCAGGGGGAACCUCUCAGGCCAACACAGCAGCUUAUGAAUAUGGAGCAGGGUUUGCCACACACAAGAAGCCCGUCACCGUAGCGUGCAGGAGUCGUAGAUUUUUACGGCAAAAAGCGACGUGAAAUUCAAUUAUAAAAGCUGCAAGGAUGAGUGUUCCUGUGUCGUUUACGCUGAUAAAAUUAUUUAUUAAUUCAGAGGAAAAAUGUUAGCCGAGAGCGAAUUGACACACAAGGGAAUUAAAAAAACAAACAGCCAGAGAAAAAAAAAAAAACAGCUUUAAACUGGAACUAAAUGUGAGGACUUAACACUCAGUGAAAGUGUCUGAAGAUAUACUGCAUUAUCUGCACGCACAACAACAAUCUAAUGAACCCCCAGGUGGGUCUGUAGGAAUUAAUGUCGCGCAAAGUCACAGUUGAAAUGAGUUAGCUCAAAAUUCACUUCUCUUAGAUUAAACAGGUUCGUGCUCAUAAUUCAUCAUUUUAAACCUUGAACUGGCUAAAAAAUGGACUAGCUUAUACUGAUUUUUCUUUUGGCUGCACCUUGAUGCUCUUUUCCUGUAAAACCAGUGCUCAGUCACUCUUGGCAGCUCUUGAUACCUCUUGGAGCCUCCCUUAAUUUUAGAGCUGGUUAAUUGCCCCUGAAGUAAACCGCGUUCACACACUCAUCAAUCCUUUGAUCAACCUUUACUGAGAUCCAUUCUCUCCUUACACUGUCGCACAAAUAAUACUUUUUUCUCUUCAAACCAUGACGUGUAGUUUGGAUGUUUCUUAUUUCAGUUUCCCUGCCGAAUACAUCAUCACACUUUGUUUUGGGGGAAAUGAAAAGUUCAAAGUUCAAAAAUCUCACAACCUUCCUCCUGUUUUGGCUUUCACUACUGUGUUAAGGGUCGGUUUUGACCCGUGUCUUAAAUCAGCUGUAAAUUACACUAAAAUCAUUUCUCUAUCAUCUAAGUUGGUUCUCAUCUCUAGGUUACCUUGUUAGGCUUCAUUAUCCAUGAAAAUGUUGCUUAUAUUAUUUUUUGUUUUAGGUAGUUCUGGGUGAUAAAACGAUAGCGAUAUAUUGCGAAAAUUAAUUUCCCUCGAUAUCAAUAUAAAAUAUGGUCAAUAUGCUUUUUCGAUAGUUGGCAUUAAAAAGGAGAAAAGUAUGUUCUCCAGGAUUUAGCUGGGUUUGGGGCAACAAGGUGUAUGGUGUGUGUACCGUUAGAAGACAUGGAUACAGAUGUCCAGUUCAGUGGUGGAUUUAUUUGACUGUGGUUCUGCUUAUAAAGAUAUAAGAUAUAUAUCGUGAUAUAUAUCGAUAUCGACUGAUAUGAAAAAAAUACAUCGUGAUAAACUUUUCCCCAUAUCGCGCAGCCCUAGUUGUGGGCCUCUGGGCCUUUCUUUGCCAGUAUACCUCUCGUACAGACAUCCAUACUGAAUUGAUCUCACAUGUCAGGAGUCUGGACAUGCCCGACAGUGUUGUUUUGUGCAUGGUAAAACAAGGUAAAAUGAGAAUUUCCUAAAUCUUACAUGGUUGGACGAGGAUCUGACUGUCUGAGUGGUGCCUAACAGUGCACUUAUGAUUUCAGUUUUUGCUCUAAUUAUUAGAUAUUAAUCUAACGGGGUCAACAGUGACUCUAACAUGACAAGUGCCAUGAUUUUAAUAAGGGUAUUUUAUAAUUUAGUCAAUUAAAUUGUUUUUAUUUUCAUUUUGUUGAAAUAGAGAUUCCUGACAAAGUCAAAAAGUCUUGAUGCUAAAAAGCUAAUUUAAGUGGUUCUUUUAAGCAUUUGAAAACAAAAACAGGUCGGUGUGGACCCUUACACAGGAGGAGGGUUAACAAGUUCUGAAAUUGACCUUUUUCUUCUCUUCUGCAAGAAUUCAAAGAUCCUUGUGGGGGACUAUUUUCAGUGGUGGAUUAAUAAAUUUUGAGUUUCUAUUGAAUCCUUACAGCAGUAGGACUGUCUGUGUGGGAUUGAUUCAAACUAAACAACAGUAUGUUAUACUAAUGUGGUUUUGGCAGAUUGGAAUAAGCAACAUCAGCCUUUAUGACAAUACAAAAAAAAUUCCUGCAUUUUAACUGUAGCUGGAUUUCUUUUACAAUGGGUCUAAUGCAGAGGUCUUAAUCUCUGAGCCAUCUGCAGCAGCUCUCUGUGAUCUCAUGAGAUGAGAGGUGUCAGGAGAAAAAGAGCAGCAGCAGCAGCAGAGCAAGUAGAGACACAGAACAGAGGCAGGAAUUAGAAAAAGAGAGUACCUGCAUGUUGUUGAACCAACCAGACUUCAGCAGAGCAGCUCCACAGAGUCAGGCCUGCUCACACUGGUCUGAUGGCUGUGUUUGAUGACCUAGAAACAGAGACUAUCACAGCACUUAUGCAAGGCCUGAAAGGACAUCAGAAAAGUUGCACGCACACGAUAAUUUACACUCAUAAAAUCCUCGUAGACUACAUCAAGUCCUGUCUCGUUUUCUGCGAAGUGCUCGAUAAUCAAAGUCGAUUUUUCUCAAUUUGAAAACAGACAGGAGAUGAAUUUCCACUCAGCACAUUCUGCUCCAAGAAAGCGCUCAGCUAAUGUCAAAAUCUGUGUUUGGUCUCAGGUAGCUGUAGAUGCAUAAUCCCAGUCGAGUGAGUGUUGAAAUUGAACACUCAAACACAGCCUUAGCACAGCCAGGAAUCAGCAGGACGUAAAUGAUUCAACAGCACCUCUAAGUGGCUGCAAGAGCUCGUCUGACAUAAACAAGCACGCCAAGACAGAGGAGUUUAAAUGAUCUGAACGCUCUCCAGACUGCAGGAUGUUAUUUUCCUUUUUCAACUGGAUAAAAACUUUUCUCAUCUGCAAUAAAGUCCUGUCAAAAUAAACCUUCUGAAGGAGCUCAAAUCUAGUUUUCUGUGUUUACUACAGGACUUCAGCUUCACCGUGUAUUUGCUGUUCUUUUCUGCAUGUCCAUGUUUUAAGAUGAUUAUAUUAGACACCAGAUGCCGUACUGGCUGUAAGCUUAUGUACAGCUCCUCUGCAGUGGCAGGCUGUGUCAUGCUGCUGACUGGGUGUUUGAAUGGCUGACAGGCUGGCUGGCUGGCUGGCUGGCUGGCGGGGCUGCAGCCUGUCAGUGGAGUUGUAAUUCUGGCCCUUAUCUCUGUGGGGCAGGGUUUAGUGCUACAGUGCCGCUGCUGCACCAGUCAUAUUGCUUUACACAGUACAGUAGGCCUGUGAUCAUCAGGUCGUCUCAUGUUUCUGAAGAGUGUAAUCCAGACUCAUUUUGGUGCUUCAGAGUUUACUGUCGUUCACUUCCCUUGACUCAGCUCACUUAUAAGUGCUUAGUAAUGUUUUCUAACCUUUUCCUUUGCUUGUUGUGAUCUUAUUCUUCGUAUUUCUGAGUACUAUAACUGUUCCAAUGUGUCUCCACAGCUCUUCAGGGAAGUCCGAAUAAUGAAGAUUCUGAAUCAUCCAAAUAUAGGUAAGUUCAAACAGAAGCCUGCAGCAGUUUUAUGACAGCUUGGCAGUAACAUUUCAUUAAAUUUGGAUUAGUAUUAUGAGUGAAAGUGACGCUAUAUAACAUUUUUUUCUCCAUUUUUUCCAAACAAGAGCAUUCCCACUCUAGAGAAGUUAUUCACGCUCAUUUUAAGAUCCUAGUAUCAGUGAAAACAGCAUUAGACUUUUGAUAAAUGCCACUAAAUGAAAGUUAAACUAGUACUUUUGAAAGUUAUUUUUGCCUUUUUGCUAUAGAACAGCUAAAGUAGAGUGGAAUAAGCCUCUCAGGAUUAAUCUAAAGACUAAACUGACAACUCUAGGUUCAAUGUGGACUAGCAGUGGAAAGAAAGCAGUGCAAUUGCCACUUUCUGCAUUCUCCCAAAUGAUUAAUUGUGUUUUAAAAGUUUUCGAGAACAAUCCAUUUUUCAUCAUUUUCCAUCAUUGAAAUUGUAUAACAGUAUGUUACUGUAAUUUUUAAAAACCUAUGUUAAUAUUUUCCCUUGUCUUUUUUUUUUCUUUUUCCCUGCAGUUAAACUGUUCGAAGUGAUUGAGACGGAGAAGACACUUUAUUUGGUGAUGGAGUACGCCAGCGGUGGUGAGUGAGGCAUUAAUGCAUGACCACUAAAUGAGUGACUUUCAUUUUAAUUUGAUUGUGGCGCUUGUUAUUCCUACAGUAUUGGUUUAAGAGCCUUUAGAAGACGCAGUCGAGUCUGUACACAGCAAGAGUGUGAGGGCUUCAACUUUUCUGAUGCCAUAUUUAACCCAAUCCAAACUGCUUUAUUUGUAUAGCACAUUUUAAAAAACAUUCAAGUUUACCAAAGUGUUGCACAAUAAAAUUAAAAGAACAGACAAUGCAGAAAACAUCAAGAUGAAAUUAAUAAAAGCCGUUAAAAAACACUGAAAAUGAAAUAAAAACACAAAAGCAUAAAAGAAAUAAAAGUGAUAAAAGGACAGAGAUCACACAACUCUCAUGCUGAGCUAAAAGCAAAGGAAUAAAAAUGAGUUUUAAGAUGUGAUUUAAAAGUACAAAGAGUGGGGGAUGUUUCAAUCUCGAGUGGUGGUUCCUCAAUUUGGGAGCCACCGCCGAGAAAGCUCGGUCGUCACAGGUUUUUAAACGAGUUUUUGGUAACAUGAGUUGGAGCUGAUCAGCAGACCUCAAUGAACAUGUGGGAGUGUAGACACUUAAGAGGUCAGUAAUGUACUGUGGUGCUGAUUCGUUUAAAGAUUUCAAAACAAACAAGAACAUUUUAAAAUGAUUUCUACAAUGAACAGGAAGCCAAUGGAGGGACGCCAGACUUAGGGUGAUGUGGUCAUGUUUUUAUUUACCUGUUAAAAGACGAGCAGCAGCAUUUAAUGAAAAAAAUCAGUCCUUCUAACUAUUAUUAUUGCCACUUACGUUAUUUAAAAUGUAACUUUUAUAGAAAGAAAGACAGAAUUAUAAACAUUAUAAAUAUUAUCCUCAGACUGAUCAGAUCAUCUUAUUGAUUGUUAUGUUCCUCCUUUCUCUACUCCAGGAGAAGUAUUUGACUAUCUAGUGGCUCACGGGAGAAUGAAGGAGAAGGAAGCUCGAGCUAAGUUCAGACAGGUGAGUCAUCAUCGUCAUCGUUGUCGUCGUACCUCUGUCGUCAUUCCUUCACUGUUUUCUGGGGGUAGACUGCAUGCACCAUGAUCAGGCUUCGUCACCAACUGCAGAGGAAAGAUGAGGCUCUGAUAGCUUGGCCUGAAAAACAUGAGGCUGUGAGAUCCUUAAAGAUGCUGCUCUGACACCUAGUGGUGCUGAAGGAGCAACAAGAAAUCUACAGUCGGAUCACUUCAGGUUGACUUUUACUCUAACACUAAAGAAGAGGUAGAACAAGUAUUAAAUCCUUUUAAUUAUAAACCAGUUCUUGAACAUACAUGCUGCUGCUGUUAUUUAAAAUCCCCUCAUUGAUGGUCUCGGAUGAGUCAGAGGAAGCGUGUGUGUGUGUUUAUAACACAGUGUGUGGGCAGUUAGUGUGUCUCUGUGUGUCACAGCACUGAGAGAUCAACACAAAGGUAAAGUGUUCAUGUGGUGCCUUCGAGCAGAGCUGGUGGGCGGUUAGCAUCCGUCAAAAAAGAAACCGCGUCGUCCGUUUGAUAACUAUUCCUGCAUUUAAUUGUGAGACUUCAACAUGAACUGUCAAAGCAACUGCAGGACACCAAUGACUCGAACAUGAGACUUAUUUACGUCUCUUUGGCUGCGUUCACACUGCAGGUCAAUUCAGAUUUUUUAACCAUAUGUGACACAUAUCUGAUUUUUUCAUGUAAGUGUGGACAGUGCAAUUCUGAGUUUUUCAAAUCCGACCCAGGCUUCUUUUGUAUGUGGAUAUAAACUGAAUAUGUAUCCGAUGUGACUGCAGUGUGGACGCUCAGGCGCAUUCUUCAGACCUAAAUGUCAUCAAGAUGCGACAAACGUCACCAUUGUUCGACAACACAAACAGGCGCGGAAAGCAAUUUGUGCUUUGUGCGCAUGCGGGUCACUUCAUGGACGCAUUCCGUUCACAUUAGAUGCCGCAUUUGUUGUUGUAAUGUAAACGACCGCACAAAAAGAUCGGAUUUAACAAAAAAUCUGAAUUGUACUUUUUCUCCAUUUUUUGGUAUGAGCUCUGGACUGAAUUUUAGGUGGUUUUGUGUAUGUGUUUCUGAUAUUGUGUUGUUAUGUUUUUAAUUGUUCUAUGUUUUUUAAAUUUAUGUUGUCAUUGCGUACAUGUCUUUUGUGAGCCCUGCUGCAAAACUAAUUUCCCUUUACGGGACAAUAAACAGAUUCUGAUUCUGAUUCUGAUUCUGAUUGUGCAUCAUAACCUGCAGUGUGGACGUAGCCUAAUAUGUGCAUAAAUGUGUGCUAGUUUUAGUGCCUUUUUAGGUACUUUUGUGUGUAAUUCCUUCAAAAUGAGGAGUGAGCAUUCAGGCACUUCUUAGUAACCUCAAUGCUCAGAAGGAUACAGGAAAAUGCUGCUAUUGCUGUUGACUGACACCAGCAAAAAAGGUUUUCAAUUGUUGCUUUUCCUUAAAAUACAGAUGAAUCUCUGUUCAAAUGUUUGCCUCUCACUGACUUAACUGUUUCUCAAUAUUGAAGCAGGUAAAUGAAUAUUCAUCAUCUCAGCUGCAGUUUGACAUUUUAAAAGCUUUUGGAUUUUUCAAAGUUUGCCUAAUGUGAAGUGUGAAAACAGAUACUGAAGUUAUGAACUGUCAAGUCCGGGGAUACUCAAGAACUUUCAGUCAGAUCUCUCUGUUUUCUUCUUAUCCCCACUGACAAAAAUAAGCAUGUCAGCUCAAGCCAGAUUAAACAGUGAAAGAUACACAUAAAGCUUGAUUAAUAUUUGGUUUUGUAUGUAAAGCUGCAAAAUUAACUUCCCUAGUGAACAUAAAUGAUCUCAAUUAUGGGACGCCUGUGGUGUUUCAGCUUUCGUUCACAGUAAAAUGCAAAAUUUAAGAAAUGGUUUGAUUUAAAAUCUCUGGAUGGACUAAAAACAUGCUGAAGAUGUCAUUUAGGAGUUUCAUAAAAUAAAUGUAAAAUUAUCGACCAGAUGCAACCCUGUGCUGUGUCCAUGUUGAUUUUAUUUGACAUUUCUUUUAUAUCUGUACAUCUGUCUUUUUCUGCUCUAAACCAAAUGAUCAUCUUGGAAUAUACUUGUAGUUUCUUACCAGAUUUUGUGUGUGUUUCAGAUUGUGUCUGCUGUGCAGUAUUGUCACCAGAGGAGGAUAGUACACAGGGAUCUUAAGGUGAGGACCAAACUUCUCACUGAUAUGGGUUUCUUUAUACACAUCUGACAUAUGCAUCAUGGUGAAACCCUCUAUAAUCACUCAUAUUCUAAUACUCAGACAUUUCACAUCCAUCUCCUCCCUCCUCAGGCAGAGAACCUGUUGUUAGACGCAGACAUGAAUAUCAAGAUAGCUGACUUUGGCUUCAGUAAUGAGUUCACCGUGGGCAGUAAGUUGGACACUUUCUGCGGCUCCCCGCCGUACGCCGCUCCAGAGCUUUUCCAGGGGAAGAAGUACGAUGGACCAGAGGUUGAUGUCUGGAGCCUCGGGGUGAUUCUCUACACACUGGUCAGCGGAUCUCUACCAUUUGACGGGCAGAAUCUAAAGGUGAGCACUUGUUUCAGUUCUGGGAUGAGUUACUGUCUAUGUUUGGAUGUAAUACUUUGGAAAGGCCUCUCUCCUCUUAACCUGUUGACCUUACACCUUCUAAUGAGCUGUGCUUGUUUCCAUGAUUAAAGUAGUAGGUUCAAAAGUUCAUCUUAAAGUCUUAUAUCAGGUGAAGUUCCGCCGAGUUCAGCACUGAGGAUGGAGAUAUGCUUAGAUAGACAGCGAGUGCACUGACGGUCGGUCUUUAGAAAGGAAAAUAACUGACUGAAGUGGUACCAUGGCCCAAAGAUGAUAGUUUGUGAUCACUCCACUUGUUUAUCACCCUCAUUGCUAUCCUGCCAUCAUGAGCUUGAUCAUGGGGUAUCAAUUUUUCUAAAGAGGACUAAUGUGAUUUUGUUUUUAUAGUGUGUAAAGUCCCCUCUGCAACAGACAGUCCCUCCAUCACAACCACUCAAAGCAGCUAUUUGUCAGGUGUUUAGAAAUGGGAGGAUGAUCUUUAGGCUUUAUUUUCACACAGUUAAUCAACACGUACAACACCGCGGAUGCCUCUGAGAAAUUACUUAAUAAAAAUGCAGAUUUAUUCCACUUCAUGUGAUUGGCAGGAUUUUGUUAAAUACCGUUUUCAUGUCAAACUUUUUGGGGGAAGAUCAUCCAAUGUAGCUGACAUGAGCUAAACAAAAUAUAGUAUGAGGGUUUUGAGAUUUUUUCUCUUUAUGAAAACAGACUAAAAAAGUCGUCUGAUUUUAUACAGAAAGAUAUUGCUGAAGAAAAUGAAAUCCUGCAGCUCGGUAUCAGAACUGGUUUCCUGUUCAUAUGGUAUACAUCAACCAGAAACUGGGUAACUUGUACAAACCAUGUAUCACUCAUUUGGAGAAGAUUAUCAUAGAGAUUUGUUCGUUAUUUUUAAUAAUACACUAAAGUAAGUCAAACAGGUCAAGAGAAAGGGGAAAUGUUAGGCUGUGCUGUAUGCUUGGUUGAUCUGAGUGAUCUGUGGUCUUUUGAAAAACUACACUAAUCAAUACUUUUACAUUAAUAAUUGAUCAAAUGACUAUCAAGUGAUGUGAGGGGGGUUGUUUGUGGUAGUAAAAUAACUGAGCCAUGCAGUAUAAAACCAGUGCAAAGUCCUCGUGUUCAGGCUGAAUCUCAGCUAGAUAACUGAACAUCUCUUCAGAGAUUGUUGUCAAAAUAAGACGGCUAAAAACUGUAUUCUUGUAAAUUUGAUUAGGCCUUAAGCAAGUCACAUCAGUCCUUUUCAGACCAGCGUCAACUGUUUCCUGAGGAGAUUAAAUAAGAUUUACUCCAUCUCAUGUAUUCAUAACGUCUUGUUUGGUAAAUGUUUGCUUUACUGCGUUUUAUAUGUUGACUUUUAUUGUUCACAUGACACUGUAAAGCAAACAUAAAGGGUUUAGCUUUCACUUUUAUGAGCAAUGACUUCAUAGGUGAUCCUCCUUUUUCAUAAUUACUGUGUUCAUUAUCAUUAUUAUGUUGUACUUAAAUCAUAGAGAAUUCUAUUCCCAAUGUCAUUUAAUUCACAUUAUUGCUAAUUUUCAUGUUUUUCAGUUCCAGGUAUUUCAGCCUUCAACGCUGUGUUUUAUGUUUAAUUUCAAUCUGAUGCAACUUCUUUUAUUAUUCUUUAAUUUUGAGGCAGUCUGGCAUCAGUAUAUCCUUUGGGAUGAUAAUGUUCUAAUAUCAUCCAAUCAAAAACUUGAAGAUCUAACAUAAAACAGAUUUUUUGGCAUCUGUCAUAAACGGAGUAUUGCUUUCAGCCUCAAUAGGCAACUUUUCAUUAUAAACCUGCUGUAGACUGAGAGACUUUACUAGCGCACAGGGAAAUUAGCAACUAGCUCGAAGAUAGCAUUUGCCUGCUGGGUGAUCAGAUGAAACCAACACCGACAUUAAAGCAGCUGCAUUAUAAAACUACAUACAUUUAUCACCUCUCUAUCUCAGUUGCUAUUGUUGCUCAUUUGAAGUACGUGUUGUGUGUUUGAAACAAAGUUAUAGAACUUAGUUGCUAACUUUCCCUGCCGAGUACUCAUUUGUUUCCCUCCUCUGUGUCUGUGUCUCUCUGUGUCUGUGGUUUGACGUGUAGGAGCUGAGGGAGAGGGUCCUGAGGGGGAAAUAUCGUAUUCCUUUCUACAUGUCUACAGACUGUGAAAACUUGCUGAAGAAACUACUUGUGCUCAACCCUGUCAAAAGAGGCAGUUUGGAGGUAUUAUCAGUGUUGACACUGUUGUAACUGAAGUUGUUUGUUUGCCGUCAAUACAUGUUUUGCAGAGCGUUCUGCUUGUUUGGCGUAUAACUGCGGUGUGUCAUCUGAAAGCAAAUAAUUGCUUUGGUUCUUGCCACAAUCAGCUGAAAGCUACAAUUUGGAGUUUGUCAGACGGAGAUGUGGAAAAAAAAGGAAAUGACAUUCAGAAUAAAACGAAAAAGUUGAUUUUUUUUUUCUGAAGCUUUUUCAGACGUAAAAAUUGAUUAAUCAACAAACUCCAAUGCAGUGUACUCUUUGUGCCUGCUCAUCAUUAGGGAUGGUUGCGGCUUGUUUUCCUAUGCAAACAUUAUUUAGUUGUCAGUUCCAGUCACACUCACUCUGUCCAGGGUCAAUACUGCCCCUGCUCUCAGGACUGGGCUGAAGCUCAAUAGUAAAGAUUUCUCCUCUUACAACAACAUUUGUUUGUUGUUUGGCCUGAGCUAAACCUGCGAUCCUAAAGAAACCAUCAGUCCCACAUCUGUCUGCUGCAUUUCUGUCUGACACCACACCGACGUGUUGUCUAAUUAUCAAACAAAAGUCAUCAUGAGUAAUUAUCCGCUGUUAAACAAUGAAUGAAAUAGAAGUGGAGCUAAUUGCAGCGGACACACAUGAGCUCUAAUUGUGUUGUUUCUUUGUUAGCAAAUCAUGAAAGACCAUUGGAUGAAUGUGGGUCACGAGGAGGAGGAGCUAAAACCUUAUAUUGAGCCUGAGGCGGACUUCAGUGAUUCAUCCAGAAUAGGUGUGUUUCAGUGUGUCUGAGCGAGUGUGUGUAUGUGUGUGUGUGUGUGUAGAUGUCACUCUCUAUGUCAUUUCCAGUAUCCUGGCAGUGAUUUAUCUGACAUCUCUCUGCCAUCAGAGCUCAUGGUGACAAUGGGCUUCCCUAAAGAUGAGAUCACAGAGUCUUUGCACAGCCAGAAGUACGAUGACGUCAUGGCCACCUACCUGCUGCUGGGCAGAAAAGCUCCAGAGGUUGGUUCGUCACAUCUCUGACAUCACUCACAGGUCAUGUAUCAUAUUGUAUGAUCUUACCCUCAACCUGUUCCCGUCCCGUUUCAGUUCGAGGGGAGCGAGCCGCUGACUAACAGCGUCCUGGGUACGAGAACUCGACCGACCAGUGACAUCAACAACAGCUCCAGCAUUUCCCCUGCACAUCCCAAGGUCACGCGCAGCAUCUCGGCCAACCAGAAGCAGCGCCGCUACAGUGAUCAUGGUGGGGAUGAUGAGGGUGGUGGUGGUGGUGGUGUCGUAGAGAAGCCAAGUAAAGUAACCCGUUCUUUCCAGCUCUGAGAGUGCCGCUGGCUGCGUGCUGUGUCGGGGGGAGCUGCUCUCAAUCACUGAGGAUGAUCAGAUGUCAGUAAACUGCUGAUGAGCAAGGCAUUAGAGCACCAUCAGCUCAAUUGUGCAUCUUUUAUUAAGAAGAAAAAGCUUUCAAAUGGAGAGAAUUGACAAGUUAAGCAUAUUUACAGAUAAAGUUUAGCAGUUUUGGGGGUAAAGUGUUGACAUACAAUCAAGAAUGAGAGUUUUCUGCUGAAUAAUUGUAUAAUUUUCUACUGGGCUAUUGUUAAGCAGUCAAAAUCAGUGACUCCACCUCACACUGCAGUGGAGUUGGAGCAGCUUCCUCCCAUGUCAUGUGGGCCCUUUGUGUCUGGUGCCAUCUGCUGGCUGGGUGCCUCCCUGCAGCUUCCUCAGGAGCAUGAGGAGGGAACAGCUCUGCUUUGUACCUGCUCACCUUGGCUUCUAUAUUUGUCUGAUGUCUUAGACCAAGUGUUGUUGCAGAGUUUGUUAUUUGACACAUAGUUAGAUGUCCAAAUCCUGGCUUUGAGUGGCUUUGCUUGUUGCUAAUCGUAGCAGAGACAGUGUCCUUGUCUGGUUGGUUUUUGUGUGAAUUUUUCCGACUUUGGAGCUUUUUGAAUAUUUUUGGGUUCGACUGAAAAUCUCUGAGCUUUCUCCUACUCGUGUGUCUCCGCUAGUGGGUCCAUCUGUGCCUCCGGCCGUGUCGUACACGAAGCGAGGCCAGGCCCUGAGUGUGGAAAGUGACCACAGGGAGGAGUGGGACGGAGCUCGCCGGCUGGAGCUCAACACCUCAAAAGGAGACGUUCCAGCUUCACCACUGGGAGUGCAGGAGAGAAAGAAAACCACAAGUGCAGUUGGGGUAAGGAUUAGAUCAGAAGUAGUGGAUUUUAUACAUGCUUUGCAAUAUGGUUCCUACACAGUUGGAAUUACCAUACUUUUCCAUACCCUACUUUUUAGAAUUAUUUUUGGAAAUAUCUACUUUUCUAUUUUAGAAAACAGUAUUUUUUUUACUGUGGUAGUAGUCUGGAAAUUUUUUCUAGUAUUUAUUUUUCAUUUAUCAUAUUUUAAAGACCUGGAAAUUGAUCAAAUUACUUUCAUACUUGCGUAGGAACCCUGUUGCAAUGAAAGUAGCUUGGUUCAUGUAAAGGAACAGGAACCAACAAAAACCAAAUAUGAACACAAUCCUCUUCAUACAGUACAUGUACUGUAUGUUGUAACACAAGGUGCCUCAUGAGAAAAAAGAUAUAGAGAUAAAUGUACAAGUUAAUGUUUUUGUUUUACUUCCCCCAAGCAGACCAACGGAUCAAUGACUCGCAGGAACACCUAUGUGUGUGAACGAUCCUCUACUGACCGCUAUUCAGCCAUUCCUAAUGGCAAAGACAGCAGGUAAGCAUCUUUUAAUCUUGUCGUACAUAGUGCAAAAUUAAUUUGUAAAGCAAGCAAGUUUGGGUUAAUCAUCUUCAUCCUUGGUUCCCAGUCUAACAGAGGUGUCAGGAAGCACCCCGUCGACUGCGAUAAGCUCCACGCGACCUCGUCACACCAAGUCCAUGUCGUCGUCAGGGCACCCUUCAAAGAGCACACUGCCCCCCAUCGACGACAACACAGAGCUCAAAGCCAGGUGAGCAGCCUGACCCCGUCACAUGAAACCACCAUGACUGUAAACUAUCAUGAGUGUUGAUUUUGAUUUUUCUUCUUCUUCUUCAUGUGCAGUUCCUCUCCGCGGGGUCCCUCCACAUCUCCAUCUGCGCACAGUAUUAGCACCCCAGAGAAGAACCGCUUCCCGCGAGGCACCACCAGUCGCAGCACCUUCCAUGGAGCACAGCUUAGAGACCGGCGCAGCGCCACCUACAACGGCCCCCCAGCUUCACCUACACUGUCUCAUGACACAGGGGCUCUUGCUCAGCAGCGCAGGGGCACCUCUACUGGGAUCAUCAGCAAGAUCACAUCCAAGUUUGUGCGCAGGUUGGUUAAGACAAACGGGGUUGAACUUUUCACUUCUUGAACCCAAUAGUUCAAGGUUUUACAUUCUCUUUGGCAGGGACUGAAACCGGAUGUUCAAACAUUUGGUCAAGUCUCUUAAAACCUCAAGAAGAAAGAGAGAACAUUUUUACAGGCUGAUAUGAUACAAAGAAUUUAAAUGUAUUUCUUUUAACUUGUCAGACAAACUAAUGGAUGCAGUUUCUGUCUGUUGAUACUAUCUGAAGUUUUAUAGAUAGGGAGAUCAAUAAAUAAUCUUGGCUUAUCUACUUAGAAUAUCGCUAAUGGAGCAACCACUGGCUCUGUUAAAACUCCCGAAAACAUGUCUGACAGGGGACAAAACUGUCAAAACUGAUUAUUUUAAGUUUCAUUUUUUAAAGUUUUCCAAAAGUUACAUUUAAAUCCUAUUCUUGUGCAGCAAGAAAAUGAAUCUGAAUAUCUUUAUUAUCUGAAACUUUAUAUGUGAUAUAUAAAGGAGUUACAGUUUUGCUAUGAUCUCCAUAACACUCUGUUUUGGUAUUGCAGUAUGGAGUUACUAAAAAGUACAGAAUAGAAGUAUAGGAUUAGAGUAGAGUUGGAUGGGGUUGAAUUUAAGGUAACUAAAAUAGAAUAGAAUAGAUUAGAAGUUUAGGUAGAAGACACUACAGAUAUAUUGGAAUAUUUGUGUGAUACCUCCAGAUUUAGCUCUAAAAUGACAAAAAAGGUAUAAAAUAUCAGGAUCGGAAUAAAUACAACAGACAGGGAAUAUUGCACAUUGAUUAAAAUGUCCUUUCGGACUCAUAUUACCAAGUUGUUUCAUACUUGACAUUAGUCCGUACAUAAGUGCACAUUAAAAGAAAGGAAAUACAGGAAUAACACAAAAAGUCCUGACGCUAAAUAUUGGCAAAAGUGAAGUUUCCGAUAAUAACUAAAGUUGGUUUCUAAUAAGUUAUGGUACAUUUAGAAAAUAUACUUAAUUAAUUCUGCAGGGAAACACAAGCCAGUACCUCAAAACAGUUGGGGGUUCAGCGCCUUAACUCUCAAGCAAUCAGUCCCAACUUUCACUUUUUGUGUGUAAUAGGACCUGAACCCAUAACCCUGGACCUUCCGUACAGAUCAAAUUUAGUUUUAAGUGUUUUACAGGCAUUAAAAUCAAGAAAGGGCAAAAAAUUAAAAACUGAAAAUGACUUUAGAAACUAAACAGACACCAACCGUAAUCGAAUUCAUUUUAUAUUGAAAGGCACCCCUGCAUUUGUCUGACUCUGUUAAAGUUCAAAAGUAUAGAGUGUAGCGUCUUCUUAGAGAUCAGAGAUACACUUGGUGAAAAUGAGUCCAGAUUGCUUGUCAUCAUUUUGUGGCAGUGAAAACAGAACAUCCCACACUCUCUGCUUGUUUCCAAACAUCACUCUUUUUUUCUCUCCCCGAUCCUCGGUAAGCUUUUUAUACAUCCACACUGUUACCCUUUGCUGUCAGUAUGACACCCAAAAGAUAGCACCUCCUCAUCCAUACUGCAGUUGGCUUCUUGUGUCACCUUCACGCUGGCCCACCUGGCAGAGGCUCACAGCUUUCUCUCCUUUUCUCCCCCGCAUAGAGCUAUGUCUUUCAGGUCGACCCGGAGGUAGGAGAACAACGCUUGCUGCACCCGUGCCCCAAAACUCUCCCUGUACCCACUUUGACUUUGGCCCGUGUUUCUUUAACCCCUGACGUACUUGCCCACUACACCCCACCUUUGCCUACUGACACCCUUGUUAUGCCGUGUUUUUCCUCCCCUUUUUGUCCACUGCUUAAAAAAACAAACCUCACAGCUCACUAGCUUUUUCCCAAACUAAGCCAAGCCACGUUUUUUGCUUCUCCACUUGCUGGCUCUCCUCUCCUUACUCUCCCCUGUCUUCAUGCUGAACUUAAAAGAAAAGAUCAGGCGCAUUAUAGAGGCUGAAUACAAGACUCAGAGACAUUUUCCACUCCAUACAGAUGAGUGGGGAUUAAGGAAAGGUAGCAAAUAGUAGAAAGGGUGAUGCAUUUAUACUGUUAAGGAUACACUUCAAGGAUUCAGAUUGACCUCAUUGUGUGCUGAUCCCUGAUACCCAGGACUGUGGAUUCUUUCCUGGCAUGAUGCCUGACACCCCUCUCUUUGUCCAGUGAUUUUGGGGGUGGUGUUUUUAGUGGGUUGGGGAACCCAUGUUGAAAAUCCGCUCAUGGGAGUAACGGUGUAUUCCUGGUUUAUUUCAGGGUGCCUAGUGAGGGAGAGGCCAGUGCCAGGACAGAAACACCAAGGUGAGAAUCUGUUUGGAGAGUAGAUUUUCUAGAGAGCCUUCCACUCACCUCUACCUCCUUCAUCGUCCCUCUCCACUUCUCUUUCUCUCUGUCUGUCCCCGUCUCUCUUCCUCUGUUUAACUUUAGAAGCGCAUCGGGUGAGACAAAAGAGGACGGCGGUCGGGACUCCAAACCCCGCUCGCUGCGUUUCACCUGGAGCAUGAAGACCACCUCCUCCAUGGAGCCAGCCGAGAUGAUGAGAGAGAUCCGAAAGGUUCUGGACGCCAACAGCUGUGACUACGAGCAGCGCGAACGCUUCCUGCUUUUCUGCGUGCAUGGUGAUGCUCGCCAGGACAACCUGGUCCAGUGGGAGAUGGAGGUGUGCAAGCUGCCCCGUCUCUCGCUUAACGGCGUGCGCUUCAAGAGGAUAUCGGGCACGUCCAUCGCCUUUAAGAAUAUCGCCUGCAAAAUUGCCAAUGAGCUCAAACUGUGACAGCAGAUGGAGUCCCUGUCGGUCUUUGGUGAGCUCUGGUUACAGUCUCAUCUCAUCACUGGAUUAGUGUUGACUCACAGGACAAAAAUUCAGCACUGAAGGUCCUCACCGCGCAGAUUCAGGGUGGACUCGGCUGGUAACGUGCAAUACUGGCCAUGAAUGUACUGUACAGGGUAGUGGAUCAGAGAGAUAUUGCAAGGUUCAACCUCUGUGAUGGAGAGACAGCAAAAACAGCAAACCCCGCCCCUUUUUUUUUUCUCUUCCGUCCGGCCCUGUGUCUCUCUCAUCAGCCCGCUGCUCCUCGUCAUAGGACACAUUCAUGUAACACAUGCAGUAUGCAACUGAAGAUGACCAUUCUGCAAUAAUGUUUUCAAUCUCUUUUUCUAAACGCCUACUACAAGAUCUACUCUCCUCGCUGAAUAACCAUUAAAUUAACUGAAAGCUAAAAUAGCCGCUUUUCCACCUGUGUUAACUCAGUAUAUAGAUCAGGCUGGAGCUCAUACUAAAACUAUGUAAAAAGAGAAUUGUACUGUAUGCAUAACAUCUGCAGGUACUGUAUUGUAUAUUGAUUUUACGUUCUGUACAGAAUUUUAUUGUCAAUAUGUCUUUUUUCAUGGGAUUUGAGUUCUUUCCUAAUAUAAUUGAUGUCUCUUAAACCAUUCUCCUUUCGGUCUGUGAGUUUUUUUUUUAUUCUUUUUUUAAGAGCCACCAUUUAAAAAUAGUGUUUUUAAUUUUAUUUAAAGAGCACUAAAUUAUUUUGUUGAAUAUUAAGGGAUGUGCUCCCUUGCCUUUUAUGUUAUAUUUUAUUUGCCUACGGAAAAAAAAAACACUAAGUUGCACCACAUAGACUUGAGUAGUAUGUUCAGUUAAAACUGAAAAUGUGUUCACUUUAUUUUCUCUCAGCAGUAGGUAGGUGAUUUGGAGAUCCUGCUGCAAUUGCACAAGUUUUCCAGGGUGAUGUGUAUGGACAUGAGAGUAUGCACCUGUAUUUCUUUCGUGUUAGUUUGCUAGUCCUCGAUUACAAAAACGGCAGGGCUUAAAUCGGUUUACUUUAGAAAGAUGAGAGCGGGCAGGACGACGUUAUCCACAGGAGGAUAAAAAGUGACACAGUCUGUUUGUCUGGAGGACCCUUCUUCUAAAGAGCCUGGUUUAAUCCUGCUCCCAGUGUGAUUAUGCAGGUACUUGUGUAUCUCCUUGCUUGUUUUUUUUUUUUUUUUUAAUUCAGCAGAUUUCGUUGUAUUUAUUCCAUUACAUUGUAAUGUGCUGCUUUGUAGAAUUGAGGCGUGCACUUUGUUGGAGAAAAUAAAAAGGAUUUUAUUUGUUUGUAUUUAUCUCUAUUUAAUUAAUUCCUUAUAUUUAAUUGAAACCAGACUGAAGUAGAUGUGUUACUGUGCGUUGUUUUACUUUGAAGACUGGGUGUCAGCAUUUCACACUGAAGCAACACAGCACCAGCAGGGAGCUCAGAUGACAUUCAACAUUUAAUAAUGUAAACUUUUAUUGACUUAAAACAGCAUGAUAUUAGUCAAUAAAUUAAUCCUAGUCAUGACACAACUGUUGUUUUCAGCACACAUGUUAGUCAAAGUUAAAACAUUAUGAACAAUAUCCUCUGUUUUUCAUUUCAGGUCCCUUUAAAGUGUGUGAAAAUAGUUCCAAGAGUCCCAAAAUUCUCCCCAUAAUUCUUAUGAAAAACUGCAUUUUCAAUACUUAAAACAUUAAAAACCAUUAACAAUAAAAAUGUAAGUACAAGGUUCGUCAGGAAGAUUCUUGCACAGCAUUUCUGUUGACGUUUUCCAAAUUGCAAACGUAAAUUUAAACCAUUCUUUCCAACAGAGGAGUAUCUAACUGGAGUGGUCCCUCUUAACUUACAAAACAUUCAAAUACAAAUCUUUUAGCUUACAAAUGGAAAGACAGAAAAAUGUGUAAACAUUUUGUUUUGGCAGAUUUCUUCUGUUAGACAUGUUAAUAGGUUAAAAAGUUCCAUUUCGUCAUUAGUUUCUGUAGAUAAAUAUUUGAGAUUACAAACGUAUAAACAUUGCUGAGUCACAUGAAAAGCGGAACACACAAAAAAUAACCUACUGGCCAAUGCAAGAUAGAACAAAUCUAUGAGCAUGGAUGCUGCAUUCAUCAGAUGAGACGGCCCGUGUGAGACCCUGGUCAUGCAUUAAUGUCUUGGCAACAUAUCGGGUGUAAUCCUAACUUGAGAGGCGUCUUAUUCCUCAUGUAUCCCAGCCAAAUGGAUAUGGUUGAGAAACAUGCACUUGUCCCCACAUGCACUGAAUUCAAUGGAAGAUUUAAGAAAAGAAAGAAGUUAUAAUAUCUGCCUUGCUCAAGUUAGGAUCAGCUAAUCCCUUCCAGUUUUGUUCAGUAAUCUCAGGGAACACUGAAAUUAAUAAGCAGUCAUGAAGACAAUGGCUCAAUUACUCAAAUCGAUGACCAGAUGUUCAUAAAUCUGAGUUUUCCCUUUGAAGCUCGAGGCUAACAGGAACUGUCGGUUGUCUAUGGAGACCGGAGAGAAGGCCCUCGGUGCCUGGAUGUUCAACUCUUGGAAGCGGACGAACUCGCCCUUCUCUGCAUCCCAGCGGUACACCUGUGUGAAAGAGUAAUCACUGCCCAGGAUGGCGUACUGCCAGCUGCCCACAGAGAAGGGCUGGAACACCAUGGAGCCUCUUGAUGGCAUGGUCUGCAGCUCCCUGAAGAGCGCCCCAUCCCAGCGCAUCACUUUGGAGUCGCCGAUGAAGCGCGUCAGACAGAUGAAGAGGUCAGAUUUGACCUGGAAGUGCUUUACAGAGUAGACAUCCUCCAUUUCUGGGAUGUCAGUGCGUCUUUCAAACUCCUUGUUGCUUUUGUUCCACUGAUAGAUGACUGGCCUCUGGGAGCUGCUGGACAGGAUGAGGUGAGGUUUGGAGGAGAUUUCCAUGUACUCCACAUCUGUAUCUCUGUACCAAGGGUGGAGCGACUGGUGAGAGUAGAAGCCGUUGCCGUUCCACUUGUAGAUGGUGGUGGAUCCGGCCUUGGAGCUGUCUGCUAUGACAAAGAAAGACUCUCCAUCGAUACGGAAUGUCUCCACGUCGUUCGGUUUGCGGAUUUUGAGGAUGUCGAUGCCUUGGAGCUUGAUGAACUUGUUGGCAGAGGUGUCGCGCUUGUAGAUGUGCGAACCACCAAACAGCUGAGCAACAAUGAUGAAGAGCUGGUUGUCUAUGACUAAGGGUUUGCAGAUCACAGUGGAUGUACCUGGUCAAGAGAAAGAAGAGAUGAACAUGCAAAGCUCUCCUUUGUCCUUCCUCCCUUUAGCUUCCAGUCUAGCCCCCUUUGUUCCAAAUAGAUACCAAAACCUUAUCAGAGAUCCGAUUAAAGGUGGGGUAGGCAGGAUUCCAUUAAAGAAGCAUCUUUUUUGUGGUGUAUAUACAAAAAAGAUUUUACUAUCAGUCAAUAGCUAUUAGUCAUUGAUGACAUUUGGUAAUAUGACAAUAUCACUGUGUUUUGUUAUGUCUGUGUAGUCAACAUUUUAAAAUUUUUGAGCGGCCCGCUCUUUCUGACUGUAAACAAAGCCGUUCUCCAUCUCCCCAACCUGAUUGGUUGUGAGGUAGACACUGCUCCUCCGUGUCAUUUACGAGUCCAAACAAAGUUAGCGUGCCACAGCAUCGGACAGUAGAAACCAACCAGAAAGUACGGAAAACUCAAGCAGUAAAACAAAGUAAAUACUGGAGACUCUGGCGGAAUAAUUGGUGCUUGAAAUAGAGGUAGGCCGGACAAGAGAUGAGACGCCAGGUCAACAUCAGCAUAAACGAUGGGGGAUGCCUUGGGAUCUUACGGACCCUGAAACCUUUCUGCUGGACAGGUAAACCGCUUUAACAAAGUAAGCCAAGUGUCUGUAACAGAAGUGUUUCUUGUCAAAUGGGACCUGCAGUGUGUCGUAGCGCCGCUAAACUGUCAAGCUCGGGUCCUGGACUAUGUCACUUUAUCCUAGUUUUAAAAGUCCUGCAAACAUUGUGUUUGCUGAUUGUCUGUUGGCCUCUACAGUUGCACCAAUGCUUUUUACUUUAACGUUGACUGGGCCCCAUUUGUAAUUAUCUAAAGUAUUUAUCUGCAAUACAUCUAAAUUUAACUGAAAUGAUAUGAGUGAGCAGGAGUGUCUGUUUGUGGGCGUGGCUUGCUGGAGCAGAGACGAGGAGCUGAGGGGAAAACUGGUUUGGAGGGUUAGUGUUUACAUUCAAGAUUUCUCCCAAACCUGGCACUUCCUCAGAUCCUGCCUACCCCACCUUUAAGUGAUUGGCCCUACAAAGUUUUUCUUGUUUCUGGUACUUUAUUAUCCUCACAAAAUCAAUAUAAUGAGGAGGCAACAAACUGUACCAUCACAUCUCCGUUCCCAAAAUAGCUAAUGUAAAAGAUUUUCACUCACUGUCAAUAUCAUCAAAGUUUCUGAAGACCAUCUCCACAUGAUCCCACUCCAGAAAACUGCAUUUCCCAAUGAAGGGCUGAGCAAACACCACAUACUGGUCACUCCCGAAAGAAAAUGCCUCCACGGAUAUGGAUUCAAACUUCAGAGAUUGAUAUGAAGCAAACUCUGCAAGAGAAAAUCAAGAGGUCAGACUAAAAAUUUUAAGGCACAGCACAACCCCCCUAACUGCAUCUUUGUGGUCAGGCAUAAAUAUGGGCACCUAAUCCCGGCCCACCUGAGCCAUUUGUACCUGCAGGUUUCUGUCAUUCCUUGAUAAGGUUGCUUUGUUUGAUUUGUUGUCCACGUGUGCAGUCAGUGGUAAGUUACUUUUAGCUAAUGUUUCUGUUUCACUUGAAGCCAUUAGCCAAAGUUUCCAUGUUGUCAAACUUAUUAGCCUUUCAGCUAGCAAAGCUUUACCUUAGCAUCAAUGCUAACAAACUUGUCUGGCUAAGUGACUGGUGGCUGAGUCAUCCAAACCCUUAAUUUUACAGCAGGUUUUGAGUUCAUUUAAGGUACUUGUAACAUUAAGAAACGCUCUCUAUGCUUUCAGUACUGCAUAGUGAAUUGACAUUGUUGUAUUGCCUCUACAGAGAGCAAACACAUCUCCAACACUUGUAAAUGAAAAGAAAUGAGCCUUUGUCGUUAAGGUCCUGACAUUUUCUUGGAGUUGCCUUAAACAAGUUCAACAUGGUGGGAGUCUGUCAGUGUUUGAUGCACUCUCACAACUUUGAUUCACCAUAAAACUUUCAUUAAACUCCAGCCUCAUUCAAAUGCCAAGACUCUUAAACAACCAGAGCGCUGCUGCAUGUUCUGACAAACACAUGGCAACCUCUAAUAGAGGCCAGAUCUACGUCAUGUUUAUCUCUUUCCCAGUGUUGUGAAAUUUCUUUGUGUGUGUGUGACACAGAGAGACAGAGAGUGUGUGUGUGUGUUUUCACUUAAUCGCCACAUGGCACAUUUGCUGAUGACAUUGUGGCACAAAGAGAAAAGUUUGAUCUAAAAUUCAAGCUGUCAGUUAAGUUUGAGAAGCAGAGAUACAGUCCAUUUGAUCCAAAAAGAAAAAAUUAAAAGCUGAUGAAAAAAAUAUUAAAGAUCUGAUUUUUGUUUUCUUUCCCAGCAUGACAAUAAAAAAGUCAGGCUACCUGGAGGUGGGAGGAAGAAUGCUAAUAAAGAGCUGGAACUCUGGAUACACAGCGUGGGGGCACAGCAUCUCAGGGUGUCAUGUGAGAGGCAGAAGAAAUGUACGCCACGGUGAGUAACCAGAGAGACAGGAAUGAUCUCACACUGAGUGCUGGCCUGCUUAAUAGAUUUCACAGCUGUUGCCCAGAAAGAUGCAAGGCUCUUAAUUCACAAUAAAAUCAACAAUAGGACUUUAUUUUCAAGUUUUAUAAAAAGUUUGUUUCACUUUGACUUUGGAAGACUUCAUUUGAAAAUAAAUAAAGGCCUGUCUCUUAUUGAAGCCUGUCUUGUACAAACGCAGGCUGUCGGCUCUACUUCUGAAUCUCCUAACUCUAACCCUCAUCCUACUCCUCACACUAUAGGUCCUUUCACACUGGUAGACCGUUUAAUAAAAGUGGCUGAUAUUGUUUUUUUUCGAACCUGUAUCCUGUCAAUGAAGGAGCGUUCACAUCAGCGACGUUUUCCCGUCCUGGAAAGUCACAAUCACAUCGGGCUUGAUGUGGUCAGGCGCGGCAAAUUAUUCUCCUCCGAAUAUUUUGUAAUUUUGUGUUGUACAUUCGCGUCAGCCCUGGUGUGUAAGGACCUUAACCCUCACCCUAACCCUAACCUGACAGACGAUGACGUUUCACAGCCAUUAGGAAUAACCCUUCGGAGCCCAGCACUUCAAGCCAAUCAGAGGCGAAGGAGGGCGGGACCUUUCCCUACCAUGAGGUGCCUGUGUGAAAGGGGCUACAGUAGUCUUGCUGGUCAUGACUGAUGGGAAGCAUUUGAGACGGUUUUAACCCAAAGUUACUGUUCAAAACGCCAAAAGUUGGUGUCCUCUACCUGUGGUGAUGCAGUCGAAGGAUUGCGGCCCCAGGUCGUUGAUCUUUUUGUCCAGCUGUGAGGGAGGGCCUUUGCAGUAAAUCUGAUCCACUGUCGCGUUGGUGCUGUAUAUCCACUCCACCAGCCAUUUCAGUUUACAGUCACAGGUGAACUGGUUCCCUCUCAGGUCUCUACAGGGAGAAUACACACAAGUUAACUUCUGAACCUCCACAAAGCAAUCACGAAUGCUCUCCGCUCUCGGGGUUGAUUUAAUAUUCAAAGCUGCAGUCGCUGUAGUGUGACUGUUGGCUUUGCUUUGCAGCCCUCAUGGCUUUUCUUUGAGCUCUUAAUAAAAUCAGGGGGGAGAAUAAAAGAGAGCUGAUGAUCUUCAGAGUGUGAUGGAUUGUGAGCCGUCUCUGCUUCGCUGCCGCAUGUAAUUUUAAUGGCGCUAAAAGCACCACCCACACAUUUUUCAAGCUUUGGCUGCAGGAGAAUAAUGACACAUUGUUCCAUUUAUAGAAGAACUCAUCUUUCAUAAUAGCAAGCAUUAUGUUUUAAGUUAUGCAACACUGUACAAUUUAUCAUUUGGUUUAAAGAUAUCACAGGGUUGAAAUUCAUACUCACACUUUAGUCAAGGCCUCGAGACCCUUGAACAAAUCUUUGGGCAGAGUCUCCAGAUUGUUGUAGGCCAGACUCCUAAAAAAAAACAACAACAAAUGUGUGAAGACUUAUCGUUCUUCUUUUGGCUUCAUUACGAGGAAACUGCCUCAAUUUCUCUCUAAUUUUGCAAUUCGCUGCCAAUUAGACAUUUUUUCUGGCAAUUUCUGUGUUCGCCAUAAAACCUCCAUGUGUUCUGCGCCUGUGUUUUUAGUGUUUUUCUCGCAGUUGGAGACAAAGAUAUCUGUUAAAGAGAUUGGGUGCGUAUUGCCAUGUUUGGGAACAUUGCUUAUCGUGAGAUUGAGGAAACAUUAAACUAUUUUGAGAGCUCCUCAGUCAUUUUAUGGCUUUCUGCCUGAAGACAAACCUGGAAAAAGACGAUUUAGUGGGAAGUUUUGUUCUCUUGUUCAACUUCUUGCGAAUUUUGAGAGCUAAAAUGAAGACACUGGGAUAGCUAGAGAGCGGUGUUCUUAAUUUGAAACUCUGGGUUUGCAGCUUUGUUUAAUUAAAAAGCGAAAGUGACAGGGUGUUCUUCACAACUGUAAUAACAGCUGUGCCGAAUGUUGAGAAAUGUCUUGCAAGUUGCAAGAAGUCCUGUGUAAUGGACUUUGUCAGCAUUUUAAAGUGCUGAACAGAGACUUUCUGCAGGAGAGGGAAUAUAACACUUCCGAAAGCUUCUGUAAGUUCUUGUUCUGCAAGGAGACUCAUGGUGAAAAGGGAGAUUUUAGGUUAAAAAUACGCCGCGUUACUUACAGAUGCACCAGAGUUUUCAGUCCCCUGAAAGCGUUCGGUGAAAUGGAUGUGAUUUGGUUGUUUUCAAUGAACCUGGAAAAAGAGGAGAGUAAUUAAAUGCAUGAGAUGAGAUAAUCCACUCUGGAAACAAAACCCUUCAGAAUAGAUUUGUUUUCCACUCACAGGUACUCCAAAUGAGGAAGACCAAGGAAAGCAUCCUCGUUUAUAGACUCCAGGUUGUUUGCUGUAAAAAGGCUGUGCAGAGAGAUUAAAACAUUUCACUUUUUUCUGCUCAAAACAAGCUGUUGUCCUACUUUACCAUCUGCAAACUUUGGAAAAAAGGACAUGUGGUAGACUCUCCCCCUCCUUUUUGUUCCUGAACAGUAACCUUGAUGCAUCAAAGACAACGAUCGAUGCUCUUUUAGGAUCUGUGCUUGUUUGUUCUAAGGCCAGGGUGAUUCAGUCAAUACUCUACCCCAUGAGACAGAUUAGAGGGGAUUCCCUCUUCAAAAGGAGGGAUUCCCUACAAACAAAGCUGAUCCUGAAACCAACACAGACUGAUAAAAUAUAGAGCAAGCUUUGGAUGGAUGCCCGGCAAAGAAAACGCUCAACCAUGUUCAUGUAAGACAAGUGAUUUACCAACCAAAAUGUGAUGGUUAAAGCUCUCUGUUUCAAUCUACAUGCACUUUUUGAUCCUGUGCUGUGUCAGUGGAGGUGUCUUCAACAUUAAACAUGGCGUUGAUCACUGACAACAUCUAACAAAGACUGAAGAACAAAAAGCUCCACAGAGAUUUCCUCACAGGAGAUGAAGAGCAGGCGUGUGGAUGAAGCUCUCCUUCGGGAUUUCAGUGAAUUCAGACUUGACGAAAGAUCUGCAGGAGACACAGUCACACUGGUUAGCUUUUACAACAUUGACAUGCACACAGUUUCUCCACUCUGUUAGCUGACAUGACUGUGCAGAAGAAACCGGCAGGAAUAGACAGGUUUGUUGCGUAAAUAGUUGUCAUAGGAAGCACUGGUUAAGAUGAUAAGAAUCGGACUUACAGAGAGAUGACAUCGGGGGGAAAACUGCGAGGGAUCAGCCCUGCGCUUUCGCACAGCGCGUUAUCUUUGGUACAUGUACAUGAUGGGGGACAGCGGGGCUGCCGGGCUCUCCUGCUGUCCACUACAAGUAAAACAGACGCCACUCCGAGGAAGAAGAGCCACGGCAAUCUUGUAUUUUCCAUCUUUGCGAACCGCUGCGGGCACGACGUGCGCGUCGAACAGCCCUGCACAUGAACCAGGGUCUAUUCUCUGGUUCCUUUCCCACUAAACCUGCUGCUUCUUCUUCUUCUUCUUCUGCUGCUGCUGCCUGGAGGCCAAGCGACGCGCAGUCCGCUCUUUCUUGUUUAUCUCCGCUCGGUGCCGUUCGUGCGCCACCACCACCGCCGCCGCUACCGCUCUGGAGGUGAUUAAACCGGGCGCAACGCGAGUCCACGGCGCUGCAAUUACGCCGCACCUUCAGACGAAAAAUCACAAUACCCCGUGAGAAAAACAAGAUUUAAUCAAAUUCGCGCCCCGGUAGCUCAGGAAAACACCAGCUGGCGCGGUGACAAACGCUGUGUGACGGCAGGUGGGGAUCCCAGCGGGAGCAGAAGGAGCAUCUUCAUCCAAAACCACGCCUAUGAUUUCUGCAAACGCCACACUCGCCGUGUCAGGCAAGCUCCCGGAGGAGGAAUCCACCCAAUAGGCAGAGGAAUGGUGUAGUUUUCUUUUUUUUCUUCUUCUUCUUCUCGUGAAUCAGCUGGAGAAAAAUGAAGCCCUGACAUGAGCCAGCGGAUUGCAGCGUGUGGCGCAGACGCACAGGGGCUGCCUAUGCGGGAAGCGGGUGGGGAAACCCUGAGAAAUUAAUUAUCGCUUUGAAAACGUUGCUGUCGUGUCACUCAAGCAUUCCUACAUGAUAUUUUGUCCUUAGAUGCCUUCGCUUGCAUGAUAUUUCUCAAACAUCUUUUUCAGGAGGGGGGGUUUAUUUCCUACUUUGCGCUCGGUUUCCAUGGCGACUGGUGGAUGCAAAAUGUAGCAGCCCUGCUGGAGGGGUGUGGGGAAGCCCUCCUAUCAUCCUGACAUCUGCUCUGCCUCACAGUCAAAUCACCCCCAUCCCCCAUCAGAUACCCAUUUACAAACAAAGGACAGGACUUAACUCCUGUGCUGUUUUUCUGCAACCUUUUCUGCAUCACACCAUGUUUAUUCCUCCAUAAAAAAGGCCAAAAAUGUCCCCUCUGUUCUAGUUUUAUUGCUAUGAAAUACAACCCUAACAGUUUAAUUGCAUUUCUCUCUUCUGCUGUACCAAACAUGACAGGACAGCGCUAUAAGACAGUCUUCCUCUCCAUCUAAUUUCUUAGAUCACUCCAGAGUAAUAAGAUUUAUAUGAUUUCUCAGCCUGCAUGCGUCAGACACUUCUGGGAAGAAACAUGUGCAGCUGUCUUUUUAAAAGGUCUCAAUAAAUGAACACUGCUCAAGACCUCCAGCCCCUCUGCGUCCCUGAUGUGAUUACACACAUUUGAUUUCUGUUUCCCUCGGUAAUAAAAUUUGCCUGUAAAAAUAAAGCAUGGCAUUUCGAGAAGCUGGGUCGUGCUCCAGAGGCCGCUUCCUGAUGUCUUACUGAAGGAGAGGAUGAAAAUGAAAGCUACUAUGAGUGAAGAGGAUGUUGCUCUAAAAGGAGAAAUAGAAAUAGAACAGAAUUGUGCAAUAUGGAAAAUCAGGAGCGGACGGGAAGCAACAAAUGUCAGUUGUCAUGAGCAGCUUUUGGACUAAAUGGAGAACACUGGAUAUUAUUGUUGUGCUGUGAGAUGAUGGGUCGUUCUUGUGCUUCAUAAAUGCCGUCUUUCAUUAGCAGAAUAGAACACACUCUGUCCAGUAACUAUUUGACCACAGCCAUGACCACAGCGACUAAAACGCCUCAGCCUGCUCUCUCUGAAUUCAAUUAAAGGGCUUUAGGGUGUUUGUUAUCUGAUUUCAGACACUGAUAACCCAUAUUCAACUUACAUGGACACCCCUGCUUUCACUGCUGUGCCUAUGGCUUUUAAAGAGACAGUUUUCAAAGCAAGCUUUCAUGUGUAGGUGAAGAAACUUAUAGCCAGACCUCCCCACUAGAGGGAAAUGUAGGUCCAAGGUGUAUCCCUGUCAGUGGUGGUUCAUUUCUAAGCACCCAGCUGAUAAGCUAGGUUUGUGUUAACCCUCCUCCUGUGUUAGGGUCUGCACCGACCUGUUUUUGUUAUUGAAUGCUUAAAAGAACCACUUAAAUUAGCUUUUUUGCAUCAAGACUCUUUUACUUUGUCAGGAAACUCUAUCAACAUAAAAAUAAAAAAUUAAAUUGACUAAAUUUUAAAAUGCUCUUCUUAAAAUUAUGGCACUUGUUGUGUUAGAGUCGCUGUUGACCCGGUUUGAUUAAUAUCUAAUAAUUACAGCAAAAGCUGAAAUCAUAUGUGCACGGUUAGGCACCACACUGACAGUCAGAUCCUCAACUAACCAUGUAAGAUUUAGGAAAUUCUCAUUUUUCCAUGUUUUUCCCUGCACAAAAAACGAUGUCGAGUAUGACUAAACUAAGUAUGUCCUAUGAGACCUAUUAUGCCAAUCCAUGUUUAAACAGAAUACUGUAGAUAUAAUGUUACAGUAUUGGAUUUCAAUGCUAAACCUCAGCAAAGUAAAAAAAGGGAUGCUUAAAAAUCCCACAGUGUGUUUUUUCUGGUUCCCUAAACAGCUUCUUACAAUAUUUUGGCAAAACUUGUCUUAAACCUGACGUCCCGCUCUGCAGUCCGACUGGGUCAGUUUUGAGGGACAUCCCCACCCAGUAGCUCUAAAACAGGCCAGUCCCAAGGCUGCAGUUCACUACUCCUCUGCCUUUCAUCCUUUCUGCUUGUUGUUUAUUCAUUUUGUCUCUGAAAAUUUCUACUUUGUUCUUAUGGUAAUGGAGGAAUUUUCUUCCCGAAGAUGAAGGCACCAGAAAACAUGGGGGGAUUUUUUAAUUUUCAGAAAAACAGUCACAUCCUAGCUGAUUAUGCUCGCCGCUCCUCUGGUGACUCCUCUGGUGACAGACAAGCUAGAUUUGCAUCUCAGUUGUUAAUGAAACCUGGGGCUCUAUUAGGCCCUGAACCACAAGCUUCAACAUCGCUCAUGAUAGGUUCUGUACAGAUAUCUUUAUUAAAUGACAGAACAGGUAAAAUGAGUUUCAUAGGUCUCCUUCAAGGAAAUACAUAGAGCAGUCUCUUAGUUUUCUACACUUAUCUUACAUAUUUUCCUGGUUAGAUUAAGAGUGAAGUCUGUAUUUUUGUCGAGGGCUCUGACUGCAGAGCGAUUAAGCUGUUUCUACACCACUACUACCUGACAGUCAUAAUAACUUUUGGUAAUUUUUUAAUGUCAUUGGCAAAAGUUCCCCCACCCGUAAAUGCAGCUCAUCAGUGAACACAUUUGUGUUUUGCUGGAUGACCUCUUCACCUGCAUGCUGUCUUAAAGGUGUGCCGUCACUCCACAAAGCUGGAUUACCUCCUCUGACGUGACAGUCAGGCUUUUGAAACUGAUAUUCUCUCUUCUUGCUGUAUGAACUAUGAAGUUCUCACGCCACCUGUUAGUCACCUGCCUGAGCUGAUCACACCAAGAGGAUGAGCGCUGUCGGCGGUGACGCAUGAAUAAGCUCAAUGCUUCUUAGAUGAGGAAUUUGAUCGAAUAGUUAAUGAGACCAUUAGAGACAAUACUCAAACGUGAAGGU